AAGCAGCGAGAGCGCGAUCAGCUCCACACACAGCUCUCGAGAGUGCGCGCGGGCAAGCAGGUGCUCGGCAAGAACAUCCAACUCGGCCACGAGGGGGUCGAGCGUCUGCGUGCGCAAGAAGCAGAGGCGCCUCAGGUCGCAUUCCAGGGGCAAGCCCAGGCCCUGCAAGACCACGUUUCCGCGUACGUAUCAUCAUCAUCAUCAUUCACUUCCGUAUGGUAUCGGUCAAUCGAGCGGUCUCUGACAUUCUUCCUUUUCAGCAGCAGCAGCACCCACUUCCAGGUUCCAGGCUCAUUCUCCGCCGCUGCCGCCGCCGCCGCCGCCGGCGCACCGGCUCAGGCCAGUGAGACGGCCAGCGAUACCACCGAAGUCCCCGGCGCCGCCGCCGCCAACGGCCAGCAGAGCAUGAGGAACACCACCUCGUUCUCCGACCGCGAGUAUGCGCCUCACUUCCACGCCCUCUCCGAAGCCCUCCUCAAGCCCGAUUACGGCGCGGCAUUCCAGCACGCCAUCGACCUCGUCGGCGCCAUCCACAGCAACAUGGUGUUGCAGAACAGCAUGCUUGCGGCGGACAAUGCGCACCUGCGUACGAAGCUGAUUGAGGCACGCUUGGUGUUGGCUCAGAAUGGGAUUGUCGUGGAGGGUGACGCUGGUGAGGGGUACUUUAGCGAUACGACUGCGACAGGGGCGGAGGAUGGCGAUGGCGAUGGCGAUGACGAGGAGGAGAAGGGUGAGGAAGAAGACGAAGAGGAGUAUGAGUAUGAGGAGGAGGAGGAGGAGGAGGACGACGAGGAUGAGGCCUAUGCCAUCUGAGUAUGUAGGAGCGAUAGGUUGUUGGGUAGCUGGGGUGAUUGAAGCCUUGAUUGAGGAUUCCCAUCAAGAUUUCAUUGACAAGCCUGCGGAGUCUGUAUCAGUAUGUUGGAAGCGGGGCAUGUCAGGCCUCAGGCAUGACGGACCGAGGCCCCACCCGUCUUGGCACAGGGUGGUGACUUGGACUUCGAGUUCGGCUUCGUCCAAUUCCAUCUCUUCGACACCACUCUACCAAACCUCGAUCAAACCAGACCGACCACUUCUCUGCGCCGCCAACAACUACGCAUGUCCAUUCGUGCCUGAGGAUCUGGCGAUUACACACAAGCUGCACUGUAGUCCAGCAGCGGCUCGCACAUGUGCGACUGGGAGCUCGAGAAUCGGAUGUCACCGAAACUUAGCACGCAGCGCAGCGCAGCGCUCCAGAAUGCCUGUGGCUCGAGUGGACUGGCUGAAGUUCAGCCAUGGGAUUCGUACCAGAAUACCGAGCUUACUCUGGUCAUUUCCCGCGGUUUGUACACGUUGUACGGCCGACAGCGCCCAUGGCUGUCCUUUGUCAUGAAGCGGCAGCUCGGAGAGGGAAGAACUUUUAUCCACUCGAUAAGGCACUUCACGCGGUAGGUAUGGUCAAACGGACUUUGCCCACAACGACCAGACAGUAUGCCAAUACGAUAUUCAUAAACUCUCAUUUGCCUGCAAGGUGAGACGAGUCACCCUCGUUUCCACGCCACGCCCAGUCUCAGCCACUUUUGUCAACCACUGAACUUCUAGAACCCAACAACAUCUCCCUCCCCAGAGCUUCGCUUUCCUCCAGAACUUCGCUUUCCUCCGGAACUUCUGCUUUCCUGGCAAAUCAGCCGUCCAACCUCCCAUGCCAACCAUGGCUUCUCCAGAUCCUCCCUCCUCGAGCGACCUGAUCGCAAAAGCCAAAGCCAAGUUGCAGACGAAGCUCGGUCGAGAGCCAACAAACGAGGAGAUCUACGUCUAUUUCGAAACGAGAAAGGAGAAGAAGAAUCGGAAAUCGAAAGCACUGUCACUGGAGCUGAAGAUUGUACGCGAGGGGAAGCAUGUCAUGACGAGCGAUACCCCCAAGCGUAGCCCGAUCGCUGCUUGGAGUCAGAAAAGCCGGCUGGACGACAAGACGGAGUUGGAGCAGACGCAAUACCUGGUAUCAGCUGAUGCAAAGCCAGCGCCUGGGCUGCCGGACAAGGUUGAUCACGAAGUUGAGAAAGAGCCCAAUCUCCUCGACAGCUCCGCAAUGCAAGACGGGCCACCUCCGAUGCUCCACGGACCGCCUCUUCCACGACCGGAACGUGUCCAAGUCCUCCGUACGAACCACACCUCUGCAUGGCUCCUCCGACUUGUCUACGUCGUCCUCGGCUACUUCGCAUACGUCCUUUCGAUGUACACACUGUUCUGCGCACUCAACGCUCUCAAUGUGGUUACCGCUGCAGUUCCACCUCCGUUUCCGCCGGGGAUACGCGACAGAGUCGAGCAGAUGAUACCCAGCCGCAUUCAGGCGUACCGAGAAACCUUUCCGCAGUUACAACCAAUGCAAUUCGAGUUGACCAACGCACAUGCAGUAUACUGCCACUCUCUAGAAGCGGCGUGCGAGCUACUGCCCAGCCCGCUCAGCCACCCUUUCUACCGCCAAGCAGCCGUCGUCUGGCAUUCGACCGAUCCGACCCGCACUUGUCCCAUUCCCAAGCGAUGUAUGCCGCAGUAUCUCGAGAUAAGUGGGGGUGACGACGCUAUCACGCUGGACUACCGCACCAAGCUUGCUCAGCAUGUCAUCAACGUAGGCAAUGCACUGCGUCGGGGAGUCGUGCAUGGGGAUGCGGUGGUAAGUGCGGGCAAAGUUUGCUCAUCUCGACUUGACUGACUGUGAACAGUUGCACGCGGUCUUGAAUGGCACCGAGCAGCUCAGGGAAGACUUUCUCAAUCUGCACAACAUCUCAAGCCUUUCCCACGCCUCCUCCCUGGACAAGCCAUUCUCUCGAUGGACCAGCUUGGCAUGGUUCUGCCGGUUCCACGCACCCCACGCAUCUGCCGUCUACUCGAUCCUCGACGCCACUCUGCUGCCCUUUUGCUCCGCGGUCCCUCUAACUCUGGCCCGUCCGUCGACCUCAACACAGCAUGCACAAGCCGCGGAUGUGCUCUGGACGUCCGACUGGAACUCGCAGAUGAACGCUGCUGUCCGUGCCUCGAUGCUUACUCUCCAGUCAACCACCCACACCAUUGCCGAAGAAAUCCAAGGUAUGCGGAAGCAAGGCACCUCGGGUUCCGCUGCGUUGCAAAAGCUCAAGGCACUGGUGCGCGAGUACCCGUCUACGUCGCGGACGGAGACAUUCCAUAUGACUCUGGAGAGGGCCUUUUCGGGGCUGAGAGGGAGCGAAUCGAUACCACUGGUGAGUCGCCUGGUACCGUCGGGCGGAUGAUCGCAAGCGCAUUACUGACAUUCUUCCAGACGUUCAUCCAGUACAAAAUGGAGCUUCUGGACCUGGACCUGCGUAAAGACGGAGAUGUGCUGCUGCCUCUGAUUGUCUCGUCGUCGUCGUCGUCGGCGGCGGUGCCCAUGGUCUUCGAUCAGACGAAAGACUUUUUGGAGAUGGAUUCCGCGCUGGGACACCUGAGGAGUUGGGUCUUGUUGGAGGAGAAACUGGGAUUAAAUCGGGCUUUGUUCGAUGCUCAAGCUGCGAUGAGUUUUGUGUUGUUGGAGUGAGUGAUGGCAUCGCCACGAAAGACCCAGGCUUGUUGCAUCCGGUACUGCGAGGUGGCUGAAAAGGCAAGCACUUGUCCAAACGAUGUGGUAGCGAGCUGGUAUUGGGGGGAAGAAUUGACCCUUUGAGAACGAGAGCUCACCGAUCAAGAUCACCGUAUGCGAGAGGUAUGUUGUAUUUGUAGCGGUAUAAGAAGCAUACAAUGAUCCAAGGGAAAUUAAUGCCUCAGGCGCCAUCCCCCUGACGGCCGCACCCGCUUGCUCCGACUUCACCCCAAGUCCCUACACCUCCUCCUCCGAAAUACAACACCACAACGCCAGCAGAAUAUUACCUCGCCGCCAUGACAACCAACAACGCACGCACAAACCACAAGAGAAUUACCCAUUGCCCAUUACCCAUUAUCUUCGCCUUCGCCUUCGCCUUCUCCUUCGCCUUCUACUUCCCCUUCGUCGAGCCCAAGUCAUCGGGACGCAUGCACAACCCAUCGCCGCCUCGCCUCGCCACGCAAGUCAAAUUCUUCCGGUCACCCCCGUUUACCUCUACGGGCACUUCCCAAGAGAGACAGGGAUGAUACUGCCCACCGCCAUCCUACCCUCUUCUGCCUUUACCAGGCAAGGCAGCCAAGAGCCGACACCGACAUGCCUAACAUAAUCACAAACGAUGUGGUCGUCGAUCUUGCGGCAUGGAUCCUUCAGGUCGACGACAGCGACACAUUCACACGGCGCUAGCAACGCUCUCCGCCACGCUUCGGUUGCAAUCUCUCUCUCUCCACUGGGCAAGCCACCACAGUGAAUACCAGUAAUACCCCCGCUACUCAGAACCGCACUACCCGCGGAAGAUACAGCUCGCUAAUGCUUAUCUGUCUGUAAGGGGGCCGGUGACGACAGGCAAGACUGCCGCGGCAGUCUACAGCAUGCUGUUCAUGGGCUCCUAGCUUGGUAGUAGACGCAUACCUCUACGGAAAGCUAUAUGGAUAGAUAGAGACGACCCUGUUAACUCCGUAGACCUGGUCCACGAAUAUAACGACACAUACACCAAGCCGCCUCUCCGCUCCAGACGAGCAAGAAAAUUGCAACCGCGACAACAGAUUUCUCCCAACGGUAACCUGCGCCGCAGGCAGCAGCCAGCACUGAGAGGCGAUACAUUAGAAGAUAAGCCCCUUUGAGGCCCAGUACAUCGUUCUCGCUAGAUGGGUCUACGCAACUCCUAGGCCAUCAUGCCGGGUCUGAUUCUUCCAGUCGACAGCUUCUCGCCGCCCCACUGAAUAUUUGCCAAGUGGGUGACUUGUUCCAUACGGCAUAUUGAUCCUUGAUAUUGUGCUCGGCUCACGACAGCGCCUUCUAAUAUCUGAUACUGUAUAAAUCCUUCGACCCUCCACCGGGUCGCAUCCCGCAUCGUUGGAUCCAUCUUCUCCGGGUCCGGUCCAUCUAGGGAGACCGACGAAAUCGCCCAUAAGACCGCCCGCCAGACGGUACGCAAAACCGGAAUCAAAAUCGCCCAUGGGAUUGCCGCUCUGCCGAUGCGCCGUUCGACCACGCGUUCAAUGCUCCAGCGAGCCCUCCAUCAAAUGCCCCAGCAGAAGACUCUCUCAACUCACCGCCAUCUUAUCAGUGCUGCAAGCAUGUAAUGACCAAGCUAGGACCCAUUUACGAGGAUGCGCAAACAAAUUCCGAGCGAACUGCGCCGCUAUCGUAAUCACUUCUCCUACAUCUUUCAUUCCAGCGACUCUAUACCUGGGAACCAUGUACGGCUGGACAGUACCACCAACACGGCCGUAACAUCCAAUAUCACCUGUUCGGGUACUGUAGACAUAAGCUUCAGCCUGGAAGAUAAAAGAACCCUCAGCCCCAUCCACCGCUAAUGCCUUGCCACGAGCAGGACUCUCAAGACUCACGGGCCCACUGCCUCCGGGAGACAUGGCCUAUGGCUUCCUAAGCUCUCAUAGGCAGAUUUGUCGCUAGGCCCGCGUGCACCUCGGCCUGCUCUCAUCACAGUAUCACUGAGGUCAGACCACCUGAAUAUAGUGGAUCAAGUCUAGUUAGAACCUGGGCCUUGUCUGACCUGUUAUGGGCAUAGCCCGUUCAGUUACCUGGUAUUCGAAGCCUCUGGUCCAGAAACGUUGCCCUUCAUACUCUGUGUUUGCCGUUUCGCAGGAUCCCAUCUCAAUCCUCGUGCUGCCGAGCGUGUGUUGGCACCCCAAAACGAAGUUGACAAAUUUCAGGCGCCGCACUUCAACGAGAAAGGCUACUUGGAGCACGGCUCCCUUUUCUGUAUUGAUUUGUUCGUACCGCUACGGGUGCGACAAUGCUUCAUGAAAAUUUCAUCUCAAUUUUGUGACUGGUAGCAGAAGGGUUUGACAGGCGGAGAUAUGCCGUUUCGAUACACUGCAGCUAGUUCAUAAAGAUGGCGACAGGAGCUCAAACGCCCUCUCUUGCUAUCAAGCUUUCAGCGACUUGCGGAGAUUAGCAUUUCUGGAAGAGGAUUUGCCUAGGCGGCUCUGUGCGUGCUGCCGUAGAAGCCGUGCUUUUUCCAACUGCGGUCAUUCUAUCAUUCGACAGAAGGACAGGGUCGGCGAUGCCUUCGACUCCAAGGCGGCGGCGAGUGCAGACAUCUCUAUUGACUUCUCAAAUCAAGCAGUCUUAGGAGUGCAAAAAAGCAGCCAAACGAUGCAGCCCAAGACUCGGAGAAUGUUGCAACCUAGUAUCAAGAUCUCCGCCGACGACCUAUACAGUAUCCGCUUCGGGAGUCCCAGAAACGCCAUGACCUUAAACGCAUAAAGCUCGUAACGCUUCCGACCUACAGGCCAGACUGCGUUCUAGAAGCUGUCACGGCGUCUUCGCACACUAUAAGUCUUUCUCGACAGCUGGUACUGCGCUCAUUUCACGCUGUACGAAUCCUGCAGCUCUCGGGAAGAGCACCACGGCCAACUCACUUACAUUUGAGAGUUAGCAACUGGAAAAACUCCCCGCCUUCCACCCCCGGCAUAAGAAGUAUAAGAGUGGUCGAGGAUGUUCCUAGCAAGAUACAAACUUAGGGCAUACUAGAAUCUAUACAAUUACUAGAUUAUAACGUCUCUACGAAAUGAGCUACUCGCGUUGUCCUCGUAUAACACAUUUGCUUAAGUUCCGCAAUUUUCGAGUAAAGUAACGAGCUACGAACUUUAAGCUAUUAAUAUAUGCCUGUUACUAGAAUUCUAGAACCUAUUAUUAGAGGAGUGUUACUUUUACUAGCUUGUACUAUAAGGAGGUAGAAGUCGACCUCUCUUCUUCUCCCUAUUCCUUGUCGUCGAAGAGGAGACUAUUAGAUAGUAAGGGCUUGAAUUAUAGUAACGUUUCGCUAUAGAAUAAUACCGGAGAGGACUAAGGGAUUUAGCCUUACUUCCUCCUCCGAAAGUAAAUCCUCCCGAUGUCUUCUCCCUCUACUAUUUUCUAUAAUGUACCGGCGUAUUAACUAUCUAUGUAGCCCUCCUUAACCCCUCCGUACGUCUAAGUUUGACCGGUAACUUAUAUAGGGCUAGAGUCUAUUAUUCUUACUCCCGAAAAGUAUAGCCUUAAUAGUACGGAGUGUUCUCGUCUAGUAGAAGCCUUCUAUCUAUCGCUUCUAUCGGCUCUAUAUAUACCUCUUCCUACUCUAAUUAAGUCUCUCGCUACUUGUUUUGCUUACACUUGCCUUUACGACUAUAUAGUCCCUCUAUCGUUACGUAGUAUACGGUUCUAAAAACCGAUAUAUAGGAAGAGUUAAAAGAGACAACUACGGUUACUAGAAAUAAUCGCUAUAGUCUAAGAAAUAAGGCCUCGGCGUGAAUCGGAAAAGCGGGUCGUAUAGCCUAUAAAUGUACGGUUUGGCCCCGAGUAAAGAGGCGUACGAGCGAGCGUUUUUCCCGAAUUCCGAGUUAUUAACUAGAAUAAUACGUAAUACCCGGCAACUAUAUAAUAUUUGCCGUAACCUUAAGUCUCGUAGAGCGAUACUAAGCGAAUAACGCCGUAUUAGCUGCCUUCCUAAGUUAGACCCGGUAUUCCGCUCGUUAGCGGUAUAUAGAUUCGAAUUUAGUUAAUUAUACGGAGACGCAAAUAGUUUGUUCCUCUAUCCUAGCUUAGCCGUAGGUAAUAGCGAGAAGAGAAAGUUCGUCUAGUUAGAAGGAGCAUUAUGUUUAGCUUACUAUAAACGGUAAUAAAAGCUAGUUCGGUAUUAUACGUUAACUAGAGCGUAAUUAUCCUAGGUAACGAAGCAUUUAGAGAGUUAAUAGGUACUAGAACGGUGUUUUUCUAGCGGGAAAGCUCGGGAAAAUAGUAUAGAAAGGCGGCUCUUUUAGACGCUAGAUCGCAUUUUAGUACCUUACCGUAAGUACGGGUCCGCUUACUCGUCCUUAAUGUCCUAGAGAGAAGAUCUGUUCCUACGAGGAUAUCGGGAGUAGCUGUCCGUGUCUUAAAGAGUAAAGGAUUUAACCUAGUAGCCUCGGGAUUAGUACUAGAGAAUUUCUUACGUCUACGACGGGGAGAUUGUAGCUCUACUACCCUAGGCAUCUCUUCUAGUCUCCUAGGCAACGGGAAUACAGUCCCGCGGGCCUAAUAAGGUUACCGAGACGUUAUUAUCUCCUAGUAAGGGUAUGGAAAAAGCUUUAAAAGCGUAGAGUAGUCUCUAAGUAGCUUAGAGAGUAUAAGAGGUUCGGUCUCUAGGUCUUUUAGGUAGGCUUCUACCGAAUUUUCGGGCUCUCGAGCGGUCUUAAUCCGUGUCGCUAGUAGAUUCCUUCUUAUACGAAUUCUAGGUAAUCUAGACCGGUUAGUAAUAGCUAUUUUCUAUAUAUUCUAUGUUAUUCCGUACGAUCGUAGAACUUAUAUUAGCUCCUCCGGACGAGCUCUAGAUACGUUAUACCCUACGGAUACGUAUAAAAGAUAAUUACCUUGUUAUAAUAUCCUAAUAGAAAGCUCGCCUCCCUUGCUCCGAAUUAACUACUUACUUUAGUUCCGUAAAGUUUGGAACCGGCGCUAUUCGUCUAGGCUACGAGGCAGUCUUACGGAAUAGAUACUUAUACGGAUUGUAGGCUUAAAGGUGUAAGCAUCUCUAGUCUUCGAAUGUCGAGUAGUACUAUACCUAGGAGUAAAGUAGUAAAGGUACGAUAGGCGAAGUAAAGAGAGUACGGAGGGAAAGGAAUAGACGAAGAGAUAAAGCAAAGAAAUUAGUAAAAGCGGAAUUGCCUCUCCUUUCUCUACUACUACUCUUAGGCGGUAGGCUAGGUACGGUAGUAGGAAGGGCGAGAGGAAAAGAGAUUCGUAUAAAGUUCGUAUAGAAGAAAGUCGAGCUAGUAAUUACGAAAUGUCGCGUUCCUUACGUAAUCAUUUCGUAAUCCUACGUUACACUUCUCGUCGCUGUCUCCCGCUAUCGUAAUCUACUCCUAUCCUCCGACCGACUUCUACCUAUACUCUUACUCGACAGUAAUAGUUAGGUGUUAAGAAGGAACAGUUUAAAAUAUAGAAAGAAGAGAAGAAUCGACGUAGACGAUAAAGUAAGAAGAUUUUCCCGGCGCUAUACUAUACUACAACUCUUACGAACUCUCCUUUCUAAUCUCUUCCUUUAUCCCUAAUAUCCGUAUUCUCCCGUAGUUGUCGUUCUCCCGUAGCUAUUAUAGUCUUACUAAAAUGCCCUAUUUAGUCCCUUCUUAAAACUUAAACGAUAAUUGUUCGUAUAGCCUUUCUUCUCGGCGAUCAAAAUGUCCUCGAAGGCUCGUCCCGUUAACCCGACUCGCGAGCCGACGUACAUUCACGGCGAAUGUAGCGCUAGGUCGGUAUUUAAGCGGAGCGGCAUUCUAGUAAGUCUCCCGAGUAUGUCGAAGAUCUAGGGAGUCGUACUCCUAGUCGACUGUAAAGUAUUGUUCCUUCCCGCUUUUGUAGUGCUUCGCCUUCCUAAUGUAUUAAAGGCCGUCUAUAGACGGCCUUCUCCGAAUUCGGAAGCGGCGGAACGUAUAGUAACCGGUCGUCUUACGAGAAAGAAGUAUACGACGCCUUUCCUUCUAUUACUGUUUUCGUAGGCAAAAAGCUAGUAAGAGCGUCUUACUUACAUACCUAGACUUGAAAAGGCGACCGCUACAGUUUAGUUAACCGCGAAAUCCCGCUAAACCUUCGGAGAAGCGUAUACGAAGGACGGAGGCGAGUACCGCCUAGCUAACCUCUAGGUUUAAUAGAAGUAGUAUUACGUAGAUAUUCUUAGUACAAGCCUACUCUUGUUAGAAGCUAGUAGACCGUACGAGAGGAUAAGUAGUCAAGUUAAGAACUCCGCGGAAACCGUAAGGCGAACCCUAUCGAUAUUAGUAAUCCCGGUAUUAUACCCUUCUAUAAUAUAUCUAAAGUUCCCUUAUUAGUCUAAUCUUUAUAGCUAAUUACCGGAUUCGGUAAGGCGGGUUGUAUAUAAACGGUUAGAUCGCCGAGUUUAGCUAUAAUAAUUAGGGUAUAAUGUUCGAGCUCGCCGUAGACUAAACGCGAGACGGUAAUUAUAGAGGAUCUUCGUACGCCGACUCGGUGUUUAGAAUGCUAGUAGAGGUUGAUACGGACGAGACUAGGUAGAUUUGCUAUCUUUCUAAUUAGUAUUUCGCCUAAGUUACCGGACCGAGCGAUUUGUCUACUAUUACUAUCGAAAGCCGACGAUAGGCCGUACUACCGCGACUCUCGAACAUCCUCUACUAGUAGCUACUCUAUACUACUAUACAGACAAACACACCUCUAUAACGAUAGUAAUCUAGUAACUCGCCCGAUUAUAAAUCCCGUAUUUAUAUAAGAUACUAAUCUACCUCCCUCCCUCCCUUUAAGCUAAUCUCCCGCUCGCUCGUCGACACCUAGAAACAGAAGGCUACGAUAGGGUCUCCGCGGGUUAGAACAUAUGUUACAAGUCGUUAACGGCGACAAAGCUCCUCGGUAUCGAGCGAUAGCGAUACCUAUUAAUAGGAAAAUCGUAAAUAAGUCGAUAUAGCGACCUCUUAUAAGUGCGAUUAGCCCUCGACACCUCCGAAGCCGCCGAAUUCUUCUUACUUCUUAACUUUAUCUAAGCAAAGACUUUCUCUAACGAGCUAGAAGAAGAGGAGUAGAGCGUAUAAACUACGUAGAUUAGAGAUCGAGCGAAGGUAUACAGACUCUAAACCUUAGAACGGCUGUUUAAAAGUAUAUAGACCGAGUAUGAAAUGCGAUAAAUAUACGAGUAAGAUAUAGACAACAAGUUCCUAGGAUCGAUAGGUCGAAGAAGACGUCCGUACGAAAGAGCUACCGGUAAGGCUUACUUUAAGAAGUAUUAUUAUAACGGGAGCUCGUAAGUAGCUGUACCGAACAAGUAAUCGUAUAUCUCGUUAUAGGAACGACUAAUAAAGACAUAUGUAAUAGAAACAGAACACCUACCCGUAGACACUCGCCGUUAGUUAAUACGAAGUACGGUCUUUCGACGAGUGAUAAGAGAGCGUACUACGAGAAGUAAGCAGCCCGCGAAAGCCUAUACUAUACCGGUCGAGGAGGGCUAUAAUAUCUAAAUCUAUAUAGUAUAGUAUUAUACUCUAAGUCAAUUAUUUAAGGAGAUUAGGUCUCUUUCUUCCGAACAGCUUCUCUCGAUGUCGAAAAAUCCAGUCUCGGCUUAAGCUACCGAAGUCGCCGGCGAAUUGUUAUUCUGUUCCUAUGUUGCCGUGACAGGCAUCUUCGGAAUUCGCUCUCGAAGAAGAGACAUCUCCCUUCCUACCACAUCUCCACUUCUCCGCCGAGCAACAAGUCUUCUCGACGGAGAACGCUCGCGUCGCGCCCGCUGCUCCUGCUGCUGCUCCUACUACUGUGUCCGCUGCGUUUCUAGCGAGUAUUCAUUUCCAGCCCUCGCUCGCUCGAUCGUCUCGCCAAAAACGUACGCACGCCAGCCGCUCGUCUCUGUUUGUAGAUGGACAUGAUGUCCGCUGUUAACCAAUCGUCUCAGAUGUGACAUUCUUACCACGGAGUCGUCGUACGAACCAGAUCCAUAGUGUCUCGAAGGGGAAACAAAGCUAGAGCUUGCAUAGGACGAGGCGGCGGGACAGUAGCGUAAGGAUCUGUGUCCCGGUCAAGCUCGCUAGGCGGCUGCAGCGGCGAGAAACGUUCGUAUAGUAGGGCGAGAUACCGGUACCUAGGGCCUAGAACAUACCUCAAUCUCGCCGAAGGAUCCUCGGGGACUGUUUGCUCAUGACGGAUUGGCGCGUGAGAGUCGAUCGGGCCCUUUCGGCGACUACGAAGCCAGGACCAGGACCUCUGUAGUAGCGAUGUGUAGCGGGUCGGAGGAGUCGGUUAAGUAGUGCGAGGCGGUGGAGGCCCACUCGUGGUCGGUGGAAUGGCCAUCUUUGUAGCGAGAAGAUUGUCUGUUCGGGGAAGCAAAUUAUGGUACCAAGAGAGAAGUAGAGUAGGGGAAAGGUCGAGAGAGGCGAAAUGAGCCUCACGGCAAAGCAAACUGUUUCAAGGCGGAGCAAAAGUUACUCUAGGUCAUGCUCUCCACCCAUUCUACCCCUUUGUAGCAUACUAUAACUUACCUGUCUCGGCGCUGCACCGAAUGUAGUCGUCCACGCCAUACAUUUAUUACUCCGAACAUACUUAGACAGUCGAGAGACAUGUAAACUAGAUAAAGCAAAGGGGGUUAACAUGUCUGUUGUCAAACCCCGAGGGGACGGCAAUGUAGUAGACAAAGCUUAGAGCUAAGGGAAGAAUUCAUGAUUCUAUCCAGCAAGUAGCGAGCCUGUAUCGUGUAUGAAAAAUAUGUUUAAGGCUAUACCAAGCUGUUUGGGCCCUUCUCCUGAUUUUGUCUUACAGUCCUUGGAUGUGUCGCUCGGCUUUCCUAAAGAACCAGCGUGGUGCCACGUCAAGACAGAGAUAUCUAGUCGGACCGCUCUAAGCGGCAAGCAUCCAUUGGUAUGCCUAUCCUGUAGCUUUCAAGUUCCAGCGCAUUUCCACUGUUUCCGGCCGCAAUACCUAGCAAUUCCGUAGGAUUGAUUUCGCGGUCUGUAAGAAAGUACAGAUUACUAACAAUCGAUCUUUUCGCAAUUUCAGUGAUGUCCGGUUCACUUCCUCUGAUGCUCCUCUCGGCAGUCCAUCUGCCUACAAGAUACCUGGUAUCUCGGAGCAACUGUUUCUCCGGGUCCCGAAGAUGCUCAAAUCUUGGAGUGGAAUCUGGCUAUGAAUUGCUUGAAACUUUCGACUGUGCGACGCUGGAAACAUUGAGGGCGCCAGAAGACAGGCGAGACAUACUCUUGCCAUUACUUAUCAUUUCGCCUUCCCAGUCGGAUUCCGAGUCGCAUGGAAGGUUCUACGCCAUACUGAUAGGUGCUUACCAUAUGGCCUGUCAAGGGCUGCGAUGUAUCUCGAGCUUCAGAUAUUUUAGCUUGAAUGCUCGUCGAGCAGCCGGUGGAGUCGCAAUAUCGGUUCGUGAAGAUUGCGCAUUGUGUUAGAUGUAUUUUAACGACACGGAGGGUCCAAGGCAGGUGAGGUGAAGCGGGGAUGGCCGGAGCUAUGACCGUUUCGGCUGGAUUAAGACAGCGGCUCUCGCUGCCGAUGACAUGUGCUUCCCAUGAUUCCCCGCCUGCCUUCACCGAGGCCUCUCCUUGUCCUCCUUAGCAUCUUCGCGACAACUCAUACGUAGUCAGAUCGGCUACACGUACCAGCUACUGACAUGAUAUCGGGCGCGGUUCAUCUCGUACCUGAUACGUACCUAGCAACUGCCUGACCGAUAACGCUCGCAUCACUCCCGGCCCCUGGAUCCAUUCCCGAUAUAUCCUCUCUCGGAAUCUUCGUACUCGGUAGAAGGAUAAGGCAUCUCAAUAUCGGAAGCUCGUUACGUAUACGAGAUAUAAUAGCCUCUGUGGUCUCUCGACCGCGGAUGGCGGGGAUCUCCAGGCCAGUUAAGAACAAGCAAAGGGAAGCCGGUGAAGGCGGUACAGAUAGCGUAGGCGGACAAAGCGGGGAAGGCGUGUAUACAAUGCAUUCACGUUGCGGACUCCGGAGAGGGAGCGAUGGAUGGCCACAGCACUGCGGACAGGCUGUGUAAAGGAGCGCCGAGGACAGGUCAGGAUCGAAGAGGAGUAUCCACGGGACGAACGACCUCGCUAUGCUCUCUAUAUUAACAAAGAGGCCGAGAAUCUGGAGGGACAGUCACCUGGUAGCGAGGCAUAGCAUGGCAUGGCAUGGCGGAGCGUACGCUCUCACGCAGCCCAGAGCAAGUAUAUCCGAAUUACCCGAGCUAUCCGAGCUAUCCGAGAUACCCGAUAUCCGCUGGCUUCGCGUUCAAGGGCACGAAGCGCCUAUGAACAGAGAAAGGACUUGAUGGAUUCUGUGCUUUGGGAGUGCAAGCUUCUGCAAACGAAUAACCUCUUAAACAAUCUGGAAAGAUCUGUAUUCGAAUGCGAAAGGGGUAUCAAUUCUCUUCAACCGCUCGAGUAUCGAAGCCUUAAAUGGUUCCUUCGAUUGUCGCUGGCGGCACUCACAGACACUCAGCUUCUCAUUCCGUAACCCUGUUGCCUCUGAUCAGGACAUCGAGAGCAUUGUUGAGGUCUCGCCUCGCUGCUUCAAUGCUGCCGCCCUCCGGACGACGUCGCACAAGUGCGAUGUUUCCACCCAGGGCAUCCACAGCCGAAGACGGCUCGGUAUGAAGAUUGCUCGUCGUGCUCUUUGUCCUCUUCUGUCCGUCUCUCCCACCAAUGGAUUGCUUCUCCUGCUUUCCGCCUCCUUCAACACGCCGUGCUGACAGAUAGUGCAGCUCCGGCUCAAACGCGAGAUGCACCUCCGGUCGUCCCUCGCCUCGUCCACCACCACCACCACCACGCAACUUGUCGCGUUCCUGAGCCGUGUGGGAGGGUCGAUAGAUGAAGACAUCGACAUGCUGCAAGUCCGCGAACGCCUGGAGCUCGAUGUUGUCGCCCCACUCGCCGGGCUGCGCCAUUCGUGUUAGGUAUGCAUUGUACGACUCGUGGGAUCCUCCGUCGAGAGUGGCGACGACGAAAGCUCUGUACUUGGUGGGGUUUUGGCGCAUGUGCUGGACGAUCUGCAGGCGGAUCUUCUGGUGGUGUGAUUGCGUUGCGUAGAGUUGAUCGGAGAGGGCGCGGAAGAGGCAGUUGCCAUCGCCUUCUGUUGACAUUAAUCAGUACAGGUGGUUCUGGGAUUGCUCUCGUCUCCACUUACUAACGUCGUGGGCGUAGCGGCCGAAGUAUUUGAGACUUGGAAAGUCGGGCGGACUCAUGGAGGGAGACGCUUCAGCGUGCUGUCCGGCGAGGAUGUCGUUCUCGUUGUGGGGGAAGAGACGGGAAUUUGGAGUCCAUUUUCCAGCUGCUGCUCCUGCGGCUGUUUGACUGGGCAGAGAUCAUAGCGUCUGUGGUGCAUUGCAUGCUGUAUGUUCCGCAACGCGGUGGACGCCCGCAUGUGGAAGCGGAGAUAAGCGGGAUGUGAGCCGUGUCCCCCAGCCACGGAUCAGCCAAUAGAACAGCUGCGGGAAAGCCGCUCCGCUAGCGUCAAGGAAGGCGCGACUUCACUCAUCAACACGCAGCAUCUCCGUCGCGACAUUGUAGCAAGACCGUGAGCUGAGCGUGCGUCGACUCGGGUGGUCCCGCUCAUCACUCCGUUGAAUGCUCUACUGCUUUCCUGACUCUCUCGGCGAAUAGGGGCCGGAAGGGUCGAAGUGCCAGGCUGGCAAGCCGCAGGGCAGGGAGAUGAGCCCGGUGCGAGCAUUCAUCACAUCUUGAUAUCAGGAGCACGAAAAAGGGUCGAUUGCAGAUGUUGGGGCUAUGAGAGAUCAUAACAUACCAGUCAGUAGAGCCAGCAAGCCCAGCAGGCGCGGACAGUUCCUCGUCAACCACCAGAAGCUGCCUUCGGAGUUUGACCUCAUCCCCGCAUUGCCGACAUACCAUCACAUCAAGCGCCUUUCUUUGAACGAACCGUUGCGGCACCAACAUCUUACCCUCUCGCGGUCGCCUUUGCGGCUCUCGUUCGGUGUUCGCCCGGAUCACCACCCGCGCCUGCUUUCACUGCACUACACCCGAGACUGAGACGCCGCACAUUUUGGGGGGUCAUGACGAAAUUUCAAGGCUCGAGUCAAUGCACGCUUCACUGCGAUCACGCUCCAUCAGAUGGAAGGAAGCGCUGCAGUAGGAGGUAAUGGAAGCGAUAGUAUGCGGGCAAAUUGGGCAUCGGGGCAGUUGCGCUCGCGCAGGCUGAGCUGGAGAUUGCGCCUGCCUCGCAUCCCAUAGUCGCCACCAGGCACACGUCCCGGGCUGCUCCUUCCCUACUCGUGGUAGCCUCCAUCCGCUUCCACCCGCUUCUAUCCGCCUGCGACUCCGCGCUGCCAGUUCCGCUCCCACUCACCACACGACGCUCCAUACACCCAACUCCUCGCCUCCAAUGCCGGCUAAAUUCUGCCAUUGCAUACAUCGAACAUGCACGCCGCCUCACACAACGAGCGAUGUAUCUCCCAACACACUGGUGUAUUGUGCAGCCUCAGGUGACUGUCGAGUGCGAAGGUGCAAGGACCCGAACCGGGUGCAUGCGGCUUUAGCUUCGGCUUCAUCGGUGUGCCGAACUGCUCUUGCCAACUCGCUCUUGCCUUUCACUGCGCUUCUGCCUGCGCUGACCAGCGGAAUCGUCAUCAUUGCAUACUCCGGUGUGACUCAGCGAAGUGGCGUGGCCGUGCGCUGGUCUCUUUCUUCCACCGCCCUCCUCCCUUCUCCCUUCUCCCUUCUCCCUUCUCCCUUCUCCCUUCUCCCUCAACUUCCAUCCCACAACUUCAUCACUCACACUCCUUCCCCCUCCCUCUCCCAAAUCCAUCACUGUCAUUCUUCUUCUUCAUUCUGCAUCUUCAUUUUCAUCAAUGAUCACUCAUCGAGCAACAUCACCGCAUUCAUUGCCGCCAACGUGUAUCCGUCGCUGUCACCACCAGCAUGUCUCAUCGCCGGGACCCCGUGCUGGACUGUGGAGCUGGCCCCCGAAGCUGGACAGGAGCCGGACUCGGGGAACUGGACUGGACUGGAGCUGGAACUGAUCGCCUUGAACAUGCUGGUGGUGACAACGCUGGAGACACAACCCAACCACAACUACCCACAGCUCGAACGCCUGACUCCUUGACCACCUCCCCUCUGACUACCACACGCAGGUCUGGGUUCGCUCCUCAUCACCGUAGUUUUCUGCACUCGUGCUUUGUUUUGCUGACCGCCGCAGUCAGGUCAAGACCAGUCUCACUCGUCCAAACGACAAUCACCCCCGACUCACCUCAUCGACGGAAUGACAGGAUUCCACUUCACGACCACAUGCAUACUUGGGUUUGAUCCUCUUCACGGCAGUUUCAUGCCCUCCUACUUUGCUUUGCUGACUGCCGCAGCUUUGUUAAGCCCAGUCCCCUUCGCCAGAGCGACAUUCACGAUUCGACUCCUCGACUGAAAAACAAUCACAGUCGCCCACACUACUACAUCGGCGUCCAAGAGCCUGACUUCUCCCACCCAUCUUAUUCCUCCCACGCCUUGCUCACUGCUGCAGUCUCGUUACGCUCAAUCAUUCCCGCCACAGCCUCAUCACUCACAGUCCGUCUGCUACUGCUGACCGCCACACAAACACCGUCGUUGUCACUCGACGGUACCACUGCAUAUCCACAACCCUCAGCAGAAGCAGCAGCGACAUUCCAUUCCGCACUCCACACCCACCUCAAUCGCCGCCCUCUCAUACCGUCGACACCCUCAUCAGUCACUCAACGCCGAGUCCACACCUCAACAACGACCCCUCCAACGCAGCAGCGACGUCUUAUCUUCCUCUCGACGCUCAUUCUGCAGCUCACCAUCUCUCAACGCCGUCAUCUCCUCCCGCAAGAACCCCCUCGGGGCCGGCACAUCUCUUUCAACAGACACAGAGACGAUACCACACAUCACCAUUUGCUCGCCGCUCAAGCUCCCCGCCAUCCCUCAUUCAACGACCGCAGCAGCGCUAUCACAUCUCGUCACAUCUCACCGUCCAUCUCCAAUCCAGGCUCAUCUACACAUGCCCUCAUGCCCUCAUGCUCGCAUCCCCUCAUGCUCGCAUGCCCUCGUCCCCUCAUCCGAUGAACACAGCAUCGAGAUACCACCUCACCACCCACCCAUGCGACAGCAGCAGCACUACCACACCGCGAACUGACCACCCAAACUCACAUCCCUCAUCCGACAAUCGCAGCAACGACAGCACAUCCUGUUCGAAGCCAUGCAGCAUCUCACCACCUGAGCUCACAACCACAUCCCAAGCUAUGCUACACCUUCUUGCGUGCUGAAUACCAAGCCUCUCACAUCUCACCUGACAGCCGCAGCAACGACAUCAAACAUCCACGCCAGACCAGACAACACCUCACCACCCACUCGACACCCACAGCCUCGCUCCCUCAUUCGUGAAAUGAUGCAAGAGCACCACACUGCCUACUCGAAGCCACGCAGGUCACUACCGACUCGCUGCUCAAGUUUCUCCCCUUUAACAAGCGUGACACUUCAACAAGCGUGACAGUAACACCGCACUGUCCUCUCCAAGCCAUGCAACACUCAUCUAACAGAGAAGCUCACUCCCACAUCUGACUGCCGCUGCCGCUGCAUCACGCCGACCACUCAAGCCAUGCAACAUCUCACUAUCCACUCAACCCCUAAGCUCAAUUUCUCGCAUCCAACAAACAUAACUGGGACACUACACUAGGGCAACAACACACUCUUUUCAACACGGGGGCUUAUCACACGUUCGACAACCCCUCACCGCAAAAGCUCACUCUCCUUUUUCGACGCUCCCGGUAGCGACACUUCGUCCCUACCUCCACGCCUGUCGCCAGAUCGCGGCGUUCUCCAACUCCACGCCAGAGAUCUCACCACCCGCCCUCCAUCCAAAUCAUGCCCUUGAAGGCAUCCCGUCAACGACGCAGCGACACCUCAUUGCCGUUACAAGGCACACCACAUUGCAUCCCAAGCUCACCACACCUGGUCACCGCACACCAAACUGCUCGUCAUGCCCAUCCCAACAUCAUGACAUCUUGUUAUCAGCUCACCGACAACCUGCCCCCCAGACCCCCUCAUCAGACGGACACAAGCCUCACAACAUGCUUCACGCCAAAGCAGCACCAGCAGCUCAUCGUCCUUUCGGUUGUCCGUACCCAAGAACCUCAUGCUACCACCACACAACAGCGACACCUUACCGCUCCGCGAUACACAUCCCAAGAACAGGCACUUUCUCGGCUCAAGGAAACAUCAGUACGCCGGGAACAACAUCUCCGACGGCCGAUCCUUCAACGCCGGUGCCCGUGUGCUCGCGUAAGUAAGCUCCAUUCCCCGCGCCCUUCUGCUUGACUGCUGACUUCACUCCUGCUCAAAAGCACAACCCCUUCAUUCUUCCCACCGGAGAGUUCUCGUCACCACAGCUCUUGGCAUUGCCGCCUGUCAUUGCUCUCCGCCUUUACCCUCAGUCGCCAGCUCGAACCUUCACUCUACCAUCCUGCUAUGCGUCUCCUGUCUCAACCCGCCCGCUCUCCCUCAAGGUCUUGUCCAGGUUUUCAGUCGAUCAGCGUCAGCCGUACCCGACCCCACUGCCAGCUAGUCUCCGCCUCCAUGGUCAGCCGACAGUCUCGCCUCGCUACCAACAAGGAUUCAUCUCACGAUCCGCAAUCCCAUCAUCAUCCUCCCUUGUGCUUCCAUUCCACCAGUCAGCCGACAUCGACGUUGCCAGUGCUCGCUCGCACAGCCAGCCGCCAGUUCACUCAGUCAGCAGAAAGGCGGCAUCCACACAGUUCAUCCUUCAGUCAACCCGGCAAGCCGACGCCACCGCCAUCCAGCCUCCGCCUUCUGGGUAAACAACUUGCACGUCGCCAUCACCAUCAGGCCCUCUCCAAUCAGCAGCCAUGUCAGCAUCAAUGCCAUCCCGCCUUCGCCUUCGCCGCCGUGGAGUUCAGCAACAUUGUCGCUCUGUCUUCAGCCGCUCAAACCGGCACUGACUGUCGUCGCCCAUACAACCUGUUUUCUGGCCACUCAGCCCAAAUCGACCAUCACAUCCAUUCCCCUUCCACUCAUAUUCCCUCCACCCCCAUUCCUUGUCGCAGCCGUUCUUCAUCACGACCGACCUGCACAUCUGCUGGGCAGCCCACCGCCAGCAAUUAUUCAGCCUCACUGUCAGCAAACUCAACCUCACCACCUGUCCCCUCGGCUGUCUCGACUUCGACCCCUUUGUCAGCCGCAAACUUGACGCUAUCUCCGUCCUGUCUCCAAGUCUUCGGCCUUGCGAUCUACACCUCAGCGCCAGCAAUUCUCCAGCUCCACAACCACUCGAGCCUUCGACCUCAUUCAGCCACUUUCUGAUACCAUGGCCUCCAACACACUAGGAUCUCCCAACCUCCUAUCAGGCCGCAGCACCUUCAAAGCUCCCUUUUCCCCGGCCAGUCAACAGCGUCUCAGCCUCACUCAGUGACCCUCUCCACCUCGGGAUCUCCGACCUUCACCCCCGCACCGGUCGGUCACCUCUUCUUCUCACCAUCGACCAUCCCAGCCACGACUCAUUCUCCUCGUCUUCGAGAGAGUCUCUCUGCACUACGGCCUGUCUCGACACCAACGAACAGCAACAAAGCGCAGAACCACUUAUCCACCCUUCCGUAACACCGCCCUCAUUUGCUUCCGCCACAAACAGCAAUGGUAAGCUUCCUUCCUCUUGCCCCUUGAUCGCACGUGAUGCCAAGCUGACGUUUAGAGCUUACAGUAUACGCCAACACUCUCACUGGCUACGAUCACCUUCAGUACAAGGCCGUGCAAUCAUCUCGUCUUCCACUCCACUUUCCAGCUCCGCCUCGGCUUUCAACAACGGUAUGUGUCAUCCGACUUGCCCUUGGGCCUCCUGCUAACCUUCUCGACCCCAACAGCACAUAUUCUGCCCACUGACCGAGACCAACAUCGACUCAUUGCCACGGCAACGACCUCAUCUUCCACUCCCUUCUCCUUGGCCUCGAUGACCUGACUACGGUAUGGCUUGUUCCCCUUGGCAUUUCAUCGCAGUCGCUGACCUCUCUCCAGCCAUACAUCCACAUCGACAGCCCAUCACUGCCGACUCGCAUGUCCACUUCCGACGUCGACUGUCUGCAACGGGUUGUCGCUGACGAGUUUUGUCUUCGAGAAAGGUGGGCUAUGUCGCCUUCUUGCCUCGACCAACUCACUCAGACUCCCAGGCCCGACACUCAUCCGCACUGUCGAGAUCAACACUCUCGCCAACUCCUCGCCCCAGUACGGGAUCGAUCGUUGCUUCUCUCCUCGCAGCGCAGGCAAGGCCGGGUCAUUUACUGGACAUUGCUUCGGUUAACUUGUGGGUUGGUGAGCUCUGUCGUUCAUUCGCUUCCAGUGACCUCGCUAACACAUCCAAGGUAUGGUGGUUGGUGUUCCUCGGGUCGAAUAAUGGGCGUGGAUGAGGUUGAUUGUCACUGUACUCAGACAGCUCGAUUCUCUCUUUGCCUGGACCUGGGGCUGGAUUGGGGCCUGGACUUGGACGCUGGGCCUGGACGCUGGGCCUAGACACCAGACCUGGACGCCAGACCUGGACACUAGACCUGGUCGCUGGACUGUUCCUGGCCUUGUUGAAGCUGGUACCUGACCCCGGCCUCCUCUCGAGGUUGUUGACUGGGCUGAACUGGACUGGACUCUCACUUUCUAUCUCGUCUCGUGCCCUUGUGACCGUGAUCUUGACUGUCUAUGCCUUGUUGUGUGUGAGACCAUUCGUGACCACUUGUAUUUGUAGGCCCUCGGGGGAUAUUGUACCCGACUCUGAAAAGGCAAGUUGUUCUUCAUUUCCCCCUCUUCCAGCCUUACUGUCCCUGUCAAGCAUCUUGUUGUCCAUUCCUCUUAUUCCCACAUCCCUUUGCCAUUUAUUUUGCUCAUCUUUCAGCCGCCUCUCUCACACUUCAUUCAAGGUCAACUGUAUUACUUUGUUUCGUUUGUGUUCCCUUUCCUCUCGAUCCAUACUGGAGAGUUCCCCGCUCACUUACCUCGACAGACAGCCACCCCAGCGCGAAAUCCAUCAAAGAGGCCAGCUUCGUUCUGCGCAGGCAACAGAUCCAACCUGCCCGUGCCUACGUGGCAAUCGCUACGAUCGGCGAUCAGUUCGAGGCAGCAUCUUUCUCCUGCCUGGGAUACCAUCGCUGAGGCGUCGGCAGGUUUGACCAGUGAUACUCCGGAGGGUCGUUCAAUGCCAAUACGCAAAGGCGGAAGGUAGAUCUGGUCAAGCUUGCCUGGAGACUUCCAACCAAAUGUCGAUACUAGGUGCCACCCCUUUGAACUGGCAUCCUUGCUCUCCGCUCAAGGCACGGGCCUCGCAUCGCAACAAUCUCGGUCAACCUCCAAAGAGUCACGGGAGGGUAUCCGAAAGCAAAGAAUUGGAUCUCUGACGGAAGGGAGGCGGCCGCUGACAAUAAAAUCUAGAAGAAUUGGAUUCUUCGUUGCGUAAAGACGAUCAGCGACGACUCGAGCCUUUCACUAGCGGUUUCUUUCUCAGGACAAAGCGUCAAAGCCCCCUUCCAUCUAGCGAACUAGAAGUUCUAUAUCUUUACUGCCUCUGUGUUUUUGGCCAGCUCUGCUGCGGCCUUGACCGGUAUUCCGACACAUGCAUUCGCAUAUCCCUAGCAGCUUUUAUGGUCGCGCAUGGGGUACCUUUUGAUCCUCGGAUUUCGUGAGAUAAGGCUUCCUCCGUGAACAAAUGUACGACUGUCGCUCGGACGUUGCCUUUCGGACUGCGCUCGUGGGAACUGGGGCGAGCACUAUUAUAGUGGAAGUUAGCUUCGAAGCGCGGCAUCCGCCUUAUUGCUAGGGAAUAAGAGCGCGAAUGAUAGCAAGACCGCCUAGGAGGCACGACUAGUCUCGAGGGACGACUUAUUCCAGAGCACGACGGGUUCUGGGAAUGGAACAUCUCGCCUUCUUGCAACGGCCACAACCAAUGCCUUUUGCUCAGUCCACUUGGCCUCGAGCAGGAGCUUACGCCAGUCUUGUUUUCUUACGAUGCCGUCCGUGACCUCUCUCGUUCGAUGCGGUCAUGGUAGACGGCGUCUAUGCCUCCCGCCUAUUUGCCCUGCCCGGCCUUGCGAAUAUGACGGCUCGUAUUGCCAAUCUUCUCGGCCCGCUUUUCUCUAUAUUACGAGCGGACUAGGAUGGCUCGACAGGAUUGCGGUAACCUUUGUUGAUCCGCCCAUUCCCUGGCACAUCAGCCAGAAGGAUGCCCUGAUCUGCAAUUCGUUCGAGCCGUCAGAGACUACACACAUGCUUCGGAGGAGCGCUAGAGGUAGUGCCAGUGGAGGAAUUUGGUUUCCAGUUCAGUUAUCGGGCGGCAUGGAGACGCUCGAGAUGCUAUGAAACUUUGUAUAUAAGUGGGAAUACCUUAGUAGGGAACGUGUAGACCUCUUCGUUGGAUCAAGUAGAGACAUCUCCUUACAAGCAGGCCAACAUCAGACCCGGGGCCGCCUCGACCGAUAUCAUUCUUCAUGCCAUCCUGGAGGGCAUCCUCUUGCAUCAUAAAUCGAUUGCGGCUGUGGAGAAAUUCCCUUUCUGGCAUUCUACUUGACAUUCGUCAUCCCAUCGGGACCGCAUUUCCCGAUACAGAAGAUACGCUUGAUCGCACGACAGUGCGCAAGCUGGCGAGCCUCGGCUCCUGCGACGCUUUGUAUGCCGUCGGGUAGGAUGAAAGGCCAACCCAGAUUGCCGCUGCUCUCUCUGUGCGGUCGGCGCGAUUGGAGAGGAAUGCACCAAACUCUCUCUCUUCAUUCCACGCCCGAGUGACCGGAAGAAGGCUAUCAGAGCACGGAGAGCAUACAGCAGAUGGAAGGCCUUGAUUGGAGGCAGAGAGCUGGUAUCAAGUGCGGGUGGGGACAGUUUACUGCUCUCGGCUCAGCACAGUGCAGCAUGGCCGUGUCUGAACUCGGCUGCGCUGUCCCUUGCAGCACACAGUCUCUCGUGCGUCGGUUCAAGCCGUGAGUCGCAUCCACGCAACGUGCCUUGCAUCUGGAGACUUUCUCGCAUGGAUUCUCCUGCAGGGCAAGCUUCAUGAGCAAUUGAGAGCAGCCAGCUCGCGAGCAUAUCAUUGCCAGACUUCCCCCGGCACGCCAGUAUGAGCUUCUCCAGGACUUUCUCCAUUCCAGCACCCUCUUUUCGACAUGUCUGGCAGCCAGCGAGCCCAGAAAACGCAUCGAAAUCAUGAAACCGGUCCCUGGGAUUGCAAUCGGAUCACCGCCGAGGCGAAGACCGCGAAGCAAGGAGCCAAGACAGCCCAUGGACGAGCGAGCAAGCAAGGGACUCGAGAGGGUCAGCGUCACGCCGCUCAGAUGACGGGCUCACUUUCCGAACACCUCUUCCGGAACGAGGCCAGAGUUCAGCACGCCCAGCGGCAAAAACGGAUCUUCUCGUUUGAUGAACCGAGCCGCAAAGCGACCUCGAGGAUCCCAGACGAAGAGCUCGACUUCAACGACAUACUCGACCAGUACAGCCGGUCGAGCAAUCAGCCCAGCAGCAGCAACAGCAACAACAACAACAACAACAACAACAACAACAGUGGAGAAGUGCAACAGCAGUCCACCCCCGAGAGACGGGCUUCCGACACCUCGACGGCGUCUUCAAGCCGAUCAGCGCCAAUUCCAAUCCGCCGAAAGCCAGGACAUCCGCCGCCGCCGCCGCCGUCGCAUAGCGGGACUCUAGCCUCUCGGUUUAGCGAUUCGUCUUCCUCGGAGGGAGAAGACUCCGAAGGGGGAGAAGAAUGAAUGAAUGAUGGGCCGUGAUAUAUCGGCUUCUUGCUAGAUAUAUACACAAAGAUGCAGCUGGGGGUAGUGUGUUUGAGUUUUCUGAGUUGAUUUGAUUGCUACCAGAAUGAAUUGACACUGUGCGAUUGCGAUGGGAGGCGAUGUGGGAAUGAGGAAUGAGGAUGAAAGUUAUGCUGGCUCUAUCUGAUUGAUAUACGACGUAACGAUAUGAUUAAUGAUGCUUCUUCUUCACAAAAGUGAUCGACUUUUGCUUCUGCUCCUUUCUAGCUCCAUCCACCUUUUUGGAGAGGCCUUCAAGUCGAGGUCGAUAUACAGAGUAGUAGUGUGAUGACUCUCUUCGUGGUUGACUAUCUUGUACCUCCUUCCUGUUUGGAUACCAAAGCGGAGAACAGGAACUCCAAGCAGUGGCAUUUAGCAGCACUGGACGGAGGGCAAGCGUUAGGGGGAGUAACUUUGGCAUUUGGAGACAGCACUAGCAAGACUUCUGGCUGUACGGCUGCUGGAGCUGACCUUCGAAGGAGAGGGUUUACUGCGGGAGAAACGGACUGGUAGAUUCGAAGCGGAGGAUUCGAAACUGAGAGCGGCCUGCUUCGCGAGGUGUAGUAACGAUCUUGUCGAGGUUCUGUAAGGUAGUAUUCCCUUCCUUGUUACUAGUAAAGUACUUUUCCUCUUCCCUCGCAUAGGAAGCGUCCGCUCAUAUGGAAUUUAUUAUAAUAUAGUUAGAUCGAAGUCGAUAGAGAAAGAUAUUCCCAGAUCCCGUAAGGAAAUCGUAACAAAGAAUCCUAAAGUUAAAUAGAGAUCCUUCGGCGCUUCCUACGAUCUCCUAUCCUCUAGUAGUUACGAUAUAGGCCGGUUCUUACCCGGCCAAAGUAAUAUAUCUCGUACUUCGUAAUCUAUUGUUCCUUUCUAGACUACUCUAUCUUGUCUCGGCUUUUUAGACUUAUACUAUAAGUGGGGAAAAAGCUCGAUCGCGCUUUUAAAAUGAAUUUAGAGCAGUUCACUGAAUCGGUUAUAUGUACUAUAAUAUAGUAGACUUAUAGGGAGCGAGGUAGAUUGGGCUGGCGUGUCUGCUGCAGUCUCAGUGUCUUGAAUCAUUAUAGUAGCAUUGUAAAUCACCUUAAAUAGCGUCUCCCGAGGCUUACAGUCGACGAACGAGGUCAUGACUUGUGUCGGAGGAGAGGGCUUAUUGUUUCCAAUUAGCGAUAUGCGUAGUUACGGAUUGGGUACAUUCUCUCGUGAGUUGCCCUCGUCGAUUCGAUUCUCGUCUCGAGGAUUGUUAGAUGUUAUCUUCGUCCUCCCUAGAGGUUCUUUCGGUAUCGUAGAAGAGGCCCGUUUGAAUAGAAACUGCUAUCCAGCCGCCUCCCCGGUCUUGGAACAAAGCGACCUCUGUUAGAAAGCAUAGAGAACGGUCGUAAUAAGGCAGAUAUCCAGCGAAGUAGUGAUCCCCUAAACAUUAAAUCAGACAAAUUUACAACGAGUGACGGUUUUUACUUUAUGCCGAAUCCUAACGAUCGAAGCAAUAGAGAGCACUACUUCUGACCCGAUACGGCAUCCAAUUUAACAACCGCAACGCACAUCUGAAAUCGGAACUUGUCCCAGAUUACACGAACAGCAAGCCAUUCCGAUGCCCCUCAAGGCGUUUACUGUCCAUCCCAAUUGAAUUUAACAAGAACGAGACAGCACGAUCGAUACGACACGUCUUCUCCAUAAUGAGUGGUAGCCCCCAGCAUCUUCGCACUUCUAAUCUUGAAUCUAGACAUAUGCACCCGGAAACGCUCGGUCGUAGUAGCGCACACUGCUCUCCACCAGCCCGCGGAGCAACGCAAGGGCAUACGCGCGGCCCGGCUUCCGUCCUGCUCGUGUGCUCGUACUGCACUGCUGCACUGUCCGGAAUGCGCGCAACAGCUAACAGCCAAUGCAAUGCAAUGCAAUGCAAAGCAUCCCUACACUUACUUACACUUGGACCAAUCGCUUGCGUCGAGUAGUGUCCGCGCCUUCCCACUGAUUAGCUCUCACGCCUGACGCACGCCCGCCGGCAUUCCAGUCUAGUCCCAGCGAGCGGCCAUUCCUUGUCCUUUUGCAGGCGGGCUCAAGCUUUCCGUCAUUCCUCGGUUCCAACAGACAGAAUCGAAUGUGACUGCCUACUGCCGCUCGUACCCGGUAUCUGCGAGGCGCCCUGAAACCAUUGGAAAGGCAUGCAUACCAGGUCUUUGAGCUCUCGGACGAACGAUCAGUAUAGCAAUGGAAACACCCACCAUGUUCUUGUAGGAUUGGGAUGGAUGGAGAAACGUCAUUGGGUGCCGCUUAUAAAGGGAUGUAAGGUAUGUUUCGAAGUUCUGUGGGGCCUACCCUUGGACUAGCGACGCGAGGGCGACCGUCGGGCGGCGUUGGCUGUGUUGAUCAAUCAGAAGCAACUUGAACUGUCGGUCGGUCGGCAUUCUCCACCAGACAGUCUUGUCUUGGUGCUUUCGUUGUUUCUGAGCGGAUGGCUUGUGUUCUGGUGUUGUCAGUUCCUCAGUUCUCUCAUCUGUUGUUCAUGCCCUUCCCCUCAUGCUCUGCUCAGAAGAGUAUUCUUCAUCUUCGCGAACCGGGAGAGUAGUAGAGAUCUCCAGGGUAUGCUACUCUCCUGCCGCUUCCACGAUGCGAGCUCGACUCGUACUACUACUAUUGCCUGGUCGACCAUCCGGCUGGUCUGGUCUGGUCUGGUCUGGUCUGGUCUGGUCUGGUCUCGACUCGACGUAGGAGACCAAGGCAAGGGGCCAGAUGAUGGCAGGUCCGUUCGACGUCGACGUCCAAGUCGUAUGGAGGCGGUUUGGCCUCGACGCUUUUGGUGAGUCGUUCGUUCGUUAGUAUAGGUAGCAUUCCGGGAAGAGGUGAUCCUAGUAAGAGGGAGGAAGAGGUAUCGAACUGGAGCAAUUCUCUGCGGCGGGAAUUAGGGAAUCGCUAUCGGGAGGAACUAUCAUUUUUCAGCCCUUGGACGUAGAAGUAGCUGACGCUAUUUAGGUCAUAAGUAUGUCCUUCCUCCCGUUUAGACGUUCGACGGGGUCACCAUGGCGGCGUUCUCAGCUUCGGCUGUAGCUAGCUUUAUCUUCGUCGAGUCUGGAUAGGAAUGCCUCUUCUACACUCUGUUUUGUAUGCUCUCACAAGGCCUGUUCGGACUCGAAGGACGGCUACUCGCUGGGAUAGCCGGGGGAAACAUCGAUUCGAUUCGGUUUGCUAGUAAGCGAGCAAGCAAGUCAUGCGAUCUAGAGGACAUGUCAAAUGCAUGGCUGGCUCUAGUUAGAUGUAUCUUACACCUCUAUAUUAUAACUAGUUCGCAGGCUGUAUAGAGAGCUCUCGGGGGUUAGUAGAACGCCGAAGAUAUUAAAACAAAACUGACUAGGAGAGGUAUUAAAAUCCGAUAUGUAGUCUACGAUAAUUUCGGAAAAGAAAGUCCCGUCGGCUCUCUUCGUCCUCGUCUAGGGUAAAGUAGUAGGAUGUAGCGUAGGCUUUCAGGCAUUAAUUAGGAUACGUAGAGUUAAGAUUAGUAUAGUAUAGUAGUAAUAAGGAGAGGAAAUGGAAAAUCGGCGUAUAAAUGGGCUAUAGUCGUUAAAAGAUAAUGGACAUGGCGUGGCUUACUUUACCUUACUUCCAGACAGACAGACGGAGUCAUCUAAGACAGAACCAAACUAGUCGGAUUUGAGGGCUGGGCUGGGGCGCCGGUGAGUUAUAAUUAUGAUUUUUCGUCUUUAAUAUGCUUUACUAAUGCAACUCCAAGUUCAAUCCAGCGGCUUGCAUUGCAGGCAAUACUAGCAGAAAGCUCUCUAGUAUUCUAGUCGGAGGACCUAAAGUACACCGUCCAGUCAGUCUCACGACGAAUCGGACGGAGAUCAAAAGUCCGGGGGCAGGGCAGGGCAGGGCCGUACCAGGUGGAAAAGAAGCGAGCGAGCGAGCGGCUGCUGGACCGCAUCCCAUUGGAGAAAAACGUAGCCUUCUAGAAAGGCAUGUAUGGGAAGAAAUUUGCAGCGUUUUCAUCAUGCGCAUACCGUCUCUAUAAUGCAUACAUGUAUAUUGUCAUUACUGCCAAUCGAUCCCGUUGGCCCCGUUGGCCCUGUGUCUCUCGGUCUGUCUCGCGCGAAUUCCGUAAGUAUCACCCUAAGAGAUCAGUCUUCUUCCUUGGAACAUGGAAGAGUGGUGUGCUAAUCAGGUUGUUCGGACAUGGACUGCAUUUGGGUUGGAGAGAUUUAUUGCUGAGUGAGCGUGGCGUAGUAUCUCCGCAGUCCUGUGAACAUGUGCCACACCGAUUGUCGUGCAAGUGGCAUAUCAGGGCCGAUCUCCCGGCAAGUCGUCCGGUUGGUCUUUCCGGGAGAAUCGUAUACCUGCAGUCUCAAUCCACCACUCCAUAGUUGACCUGAAUGGGCUGAGCACUGUGCAGUCAUCAGCCACGACGAACCGAUGCACCGCGACGGAGAAAAUUGACGAACGUACCAGCUCCAGCACGUCUUGCCGACGGCAUCUCCAUCCUCGAAGGCCAGGUACGCAGCCAUGCACGCCGCACACAGUUCAUGAUGGCCACAGGGAUGGAACAAGGCCGCGCUGUUGGAAUGCCUGCUGGGAAGCUGCUUUCCACAUUGCUGGCAAUCAAACGCCAUCACCUCAAUCUCAUCGUCGUCGUCUCCGGGAGCAGCUUCGUCGUGAGCGGCUUUGGCGGGAGGCUCUUCCAUGUCCGCGUCGUCUUCUCCAAAGGCAGUGGUGGCGCUGCGCUUGUUGGUGACUUUGUGCAUCUCACUGUCGUCGUCACUGCCGGUCAGAUCAAUCGUUUCCCGCGGAGCCUGUUCCUCGUCGGUCUGCUCCUCGUCGCUUUCCGUCAGAUCAAUGACGAGCACCGCAUCGCCAGCUUUGCUCGUGCGCUGUUCUGCCGCACCUUCCGUGGCGUUUGCCAUGCCGGAGGGGUUGUGUCCGCGGUGCUGUGAUCAAUCCGUCUUCUUUGCCGGUGUGGCCCUGCUGCUGCCACUGCCCUGCUGCUGCCGCCAAACUCCUGCUGCCGCCGAACUCCUGCUGUCACUCCACUCCUUCCGCCCAAUGCUCUUGCUGCUCGCUGCGUCUCCAAUCCCCUUUGCACUCCCGCAGCAACUCACUUGACGCGCCGUGGACUGCGUGGAGAGCCGAGCAGACGAGUUGCUGGACGGGCGAUAGGCGAAGUCGGUGUUGCUGGAUCGAAUACCGCGUGUAGGAUGUUGUGCAAGUGAAAUGGAGAGACGGUUCUUGAGUUUCGGUGCGCGCUCGUACACGCGAAGUCGACGAAGUGAAGUGAGGUCGGAAGGUUGCCAGAUCCCCGCGUGCUCACGUGAUGCUGGGGCCAGACUCGGCUGCAGCAAUGUGUCGAUGAGGGCGGCUGAUGUCGGGUGGUGCGGUAUAGAGAGCGGGGGAGUCGGAGUACAUGUUGCAGUGGAAUGGAUUCCAGCGGCAGUCAAUGAGGUGGUUCAAUGGGGUAAAUUCGCCCGUUCAAGGGUGGAGGGUUCGCGCGGGACGAGGGAUCGUGAAGGGAAGGUCAUGUCCAGCAGGAGGAGACAGCCGGAUUCGCGAGACGUCGCUUGCGAUGUGAAAGGAGCCAUGAUUGUUGGAUGCGAAGGGAAAAGCCCUUUCCAAAGGUCUUGUGAAGGUGGAGGAAAGGAGGAAGAGGAAGAAAGAUAUGAUAUCCGAGACUCGAGCCGAGUUGCUGGUGGGGACCGGAUAUUCAAGAUUUCACGGACAAUACAGCAGCAUAUCCCUCUAUAUCCCAUUAUAUUUACCCCGCUAUAGAUAUCUCUUCAUAUCCCAUCAUCUCGGCCCGCCGAACGCCGCCAUGACAGACGACGCACGCGAUUAUUGUCCGAAUCACUCUCUCCAUCAUCCUCCGAAUCAUUCUCAUCUUUCUCCUCGAUUAUUGCUCUCCCUCCCACUCCAUCCCGCCCUCCUCCGCAUCUUCACCCGCACCUCCACCCGCCAUCUGCCGGCCAAUCUGCGCCAGCAACUCAAUGCAUCGCCCCAUCGCCCGAUCGUGAGCCGACGCGCCCAGAGCAGCGUGCAGCCGUUCCAUCGUCGCAGUGAGGCGCGGAUCGGGGUAUCGUGGCUCUCCGGAGGCCGAGUCGGGCAUUCUGGACGCAGCGACAGUCAGCAUCACAUGUCAUUUCGCUUGGCCAGAUAGUAGAGGGGACGGAGAUGCAGGAUAAGACAGGAUGAGGGAUACGUACACCGGCGCCGCCUCGGGAUCCGCUUCGAGCUCGGCCUUCAUCUUCUCGAUCUGUCCGCGUAGGACUCGCUUGCCCUGUUGCACGCGGCGGAUCUCGAUACGCAGCUGUUCGGCGCGCUCCCCCGUGGAGGUCACGUUGCUUGCCAUGUUGCCUGGUUUCCUUGGUGGGAGAGCCGAAAAGUUAAAAGAGAGGACGGAGCAUUCUUCGUAGCGAGGCGGCGAGGCGGAUGGGAAGCAAGUGAUCAGAUUCAAGGCACUAGGUGUUGUGCGGGAGAUCCAGAAGAGAUAUACGGCGUGAGGUGACGUGAAGUCGUGCAACGGGUGAGGUCCACUUCUUCGUUUGUCCUCUGCCCGCAUUGAACAUCCUCGACGAAGAAGAACGGCAGCCAUCUCAUCCACCCAGCAUCGAGCUUUCACUGCCUUUCCCGGCGUAGCGGAAUACUUGCAACAGCGAUCCCGUCACGCGAUCCGUACCCACGCCGCCCCACGAAACCCGUCUCCUCACACCGAAGAAGAAUCGUCAGAGCGCGGGGCUGGAGCCUGUCCCUCGAGACUACUACCGCAUCCCAACAUCUAAUCUCCAGGCGAUGGAGAGCAGGACAAACAAUACAAGCUCCACUACUCUCCUGUGGCUACGAUAGACGACGGAAUGUGGAAAAUCAGGCAUGCCUCCAUCUUCUUGAGCAAUUGUUCCAGGGGAACAUAAGCAGCGUUUACUGGUGGGACUCUCAGAGCGUUAAGACGGGGCAGAAUCUUGUAUCUUCACACCUGCAGAGCAAGAGGACGGGACAUGAUUGAUCUGCAGAUCGAGACUUGGCAUUCGCAGAGGUGCGAUGUGCGGGGUGUGACUUGCAACCGGCGGGAUGCACUCUGCGGUGACCUUUCGAGCUGAGACAUGCGGGGCCGUCUGCCGGUCUAUCUUGCAUGAGGCCAUUACCUGGAGGCCAUAUCAUAUACCAAUGGAGACGAUUCGGAGGCCAUAUUCCAUACCAAUAGAGAUGAUUCAGAGACCGCGGAUAGGACAUCAAGAGCGGACGAUCAACUGCUGCGGGAUUCGAGGCUCGAAGUGACGUGCAACCGGCGGCCCUCACCCGGGAUUCAAGACAUGCAUGAGGGCUUGCAGAUCCCGCCGUGCAGGCCGAGAUCUGCAUGCAGGUCGUGAGGUGAAAGUCAUCACUCAAAGGUCGUGAGUUGCAGGUCAUGAGUUAGAGGUCGUGAGUUACAGCUUGAGACUCCAAGAGUGGAGAGGACAGGAGAGUAAGGCUCAAGGUACGACUUUCAACCGGCGGUCGGGACUGGAUAGUAACGAUAACCGGAAUGCCAAGCAAGACGUGCAGCAGGUCUCGUUACGAAGGGUACGACUUGAAGGUCGUGAGUUGGAGGUAUCGACUUAAAGGUCGUGAGGUGAAGAUAUCUUGACUUGCAGAUGUUGACUUGUAGGUCAUGACUUGAACUUCUCGACUUGGACAUCCUAGCUUGGACACCUUACUUGGGAGGUCUCACCUUGGAGCCCAUAUCUUGGCAGGCAUAACUUGAAGGUCUCGACCCGGGUGUUCUGGGUGGAAGCCUGCAGCCUGGGACUCUCGACUUCGAGUUCUCAACUUGAACCCAUAACUUGGGUGCCGUAGCUUACGGGACCUGCUGCCCGGGACUUGCGAACUCCAGCCGGCGCUCCUGUCGGGUAGGAAUUGUACAGGAGCAAGUGUCGAUCCUGUAAUGUCUCAUGUACCGGCGGUGACAGUCGUGGGUCGGAAGUCGUCGGUCGGGUAAGGUGACAGUCUCUUGCAACUCGUAAGUCAUCCCUCCAGACCUUCGACAGUCGCAUCCGUUUUCCUUAUAUCUAUCUAUCUAUCCAUAUCCUUGCUCCUUCUCAAUCUUCUCUCUCUCUCUCUCUCUCUCUCUCUCUGCCUUCCACGACGAAUCUCUCCACAACCUCUCGCUUGCAUACCCGCGGAGAUGAAAAGAGGAGAGGAAAUGAACAAUUCUUUCUUCUUCAUCUUCUUCUUCUCUUACGUUUUCUUCCUUUCCCCGGGACGCCGGGUGAGGAGAAGACAACAGAGAAGAAGGAGGAGAAGAUCUUUCUUCCUCGUCUAGGACGCUGGAUGGGGAAGGGAAGCUCUUCGUUCUCUCCUCUCCUCUUUCGUCUCACGACGGAAAGCGAAAUAUCCACACUCUUCUUUUCGAAUGAGCAACACUUCGACACUCUUCUUUCUUGAAAUGGGCAACACUCCAUCAACAUCUCCUGCUUGGCGCGAUGUGGCCUUCUCCGGCCCCAAUGGCCCUUCUUGUUCCAUUUGUUCCAUCAUCAUGGGAAAAUGGAAUGUAAGUCCUCUUUCCUCGCGAGUUUUCCCGGUCUAGCAGGAUACAGAACUGACUUUUCACAAAAGGCUCGUCAGAACAGCAUCGGACUCUUCCUUUCCUUUUCUUUCCUUUCCACGAACAACAAGCGCAUCAAAUCCAUACAGCCAUGAGACGAUAUCACACACUACAUGAUCUCCGUCCUCUUUUGAGUUCUGGAUCGAUCGAUCAACUCUCCUCGACUCGAUAUCAAGGAUGUGGUCCUCUCAAGCCACUCCUCUUCUUGCUCCUCAGCCAUAACAGAUCAUCGAGGAACAUUAACACCUUGAAAGACGAAAGUUCUGUCGACAUCUUUCUCCUUCUCACGGCCAGCCACGACGACGCACCUCCACGGCGGCAGAUCUUUACCCUUCUUCUCAAAUGGAUUUCCGCACCACUCAAUCAAUCAAUCAAUCGAUCAAUCAAUCAAUCAGUCGCUCGCCCGCUCCUCGCAGAUCGAACUCUCAUCCGAGGCAACAUCCCAAAAAAAGCAGCACUGCUAUCCAUCCAUCCAUCCAUCAUCUAAAUGGUUUUCUUCUUCGCCGGACAAAGACAAAGACAAAUCACAAGCGAGCAGAACGCAAAAAUUGCCCAAGAUCUCUUCAUUCGAUCUCACGGCCAAGCCAACAUGUUCUCCAAGAUUACCAAUCCUGAUCUCUCCGUCCGUGGCGGUACACUCUUCUCCCUAUCCAAUCGACUUCGGGGACGAUAUCUUCUUCCCUUCUCCUCCUUGAAGGAGUGAGUGGAGAUGGACAAGAGAAAAACCACGUCUCUCUCUCUCUCUGCAACUGCCAGCCAGCUCUUUGCACUUCAUCCAUGGAUGCCGAUUCGGAAUUCCGCAAAUUGCGGGCAGAGGCAAAGGCAAAGAUUGCCGCACAGAACACCUCAUCUCAUCUCAUCUCACACCAUCUCAUACCACACCAAACCAAACCAAACCAAACCAUCUCACAGCCGGGUCACGAAUCGAUGUCGAUGAUUCCAGGCAAACCAAGACAAGAAUCUACAGACUUCAUCUCUGCUCAACCCCACUCCUAGGCGCAAAAGAAAAGCUCUCUCCACGACGGCCUUGGAUUUCGAAUUUCCCUUUUGGCGAAUCGAUCCACGAGACGCAUCGAACGGAAUCGAGGUCGAAUUGACUUGACUUGAAUCGAUUCGGAACAAAUCAAACAAAACCAAAACAAACCAACCCAAGCCAACCCAGAACAAACCAGACCAAAACAAGACAAAAUGUGGCACUGCACUGCACUGUACUGCACUGCGGCUGGUCUGCUCUGGUCUGGUCCGGUCUGGUCGACUCUGGUCUGGUACUAUGCAUUCCUACGGCAUUCUGGGAGUUGAGGAGAUGGGAUCGUCGUUCCCCUUUCUCCUUUUCCACCCGCCCAGCCAGCCAGCCAGCCAGCCAGCCAGCCAGCCAAACACUCUAUGAGACGAGAUGGGAUGAGAUGGGAUGAGACGAUGAAGACCAAGAAGAACAAUCCUCGUCCAUGGGAUGAGAGAUCCUUUCGAGCAGGUUGAUCUUCAAGGCGAACCGAAAGAAAAAACAAAAACCAAACUUGAGAAUUGGCAGGCAGACAGUACUGUGGUGUGCUGUGGUGUAGAGAGGUGGCACUUUUUGGAUUUGGAUUUUGUUUGAGAGGAACAAGAGAGGCGGUAUCUGUACAAACACACACACCCCCCUUCUCGCGAAGACCAUCCGGCGCUGUUUUGAACUGUCUGGCCAGCAGUUCAAACACAGUUCGUCCCGAGCUUCGAGAGAGAGAGAGAGGUAUGUGUGUGUGGGGAGAUAGGACCGUCUUCGCUUGCUUGCUUUUGUUUGGUCUUGAGAUUUGGAACUGCAAAUAAAUAAAGGGAGGGGAAGGGGAAGAAGUAGAAGUAUUAAAAAGGAAAAAUGGGUUGUAGAGCCUACUUUGAUUGAGAUGUUUUGUUUUGUUCCUAAAAAGUUUGAGGUAAUAUCCCCUGUGUGGCCCUCCCUCGUUUCUUUUUCCUUCCGGGGUUGAUUCGGUUGGAAAUGCGGAAUCAACUUGUCCGGAUUAUCGCCCGCACAAAUCAAGAGAUACGAUACUCUGUGAGCAGCCGAGAUUGACUUGCGAAGUGACAGGUUUGGUCUUAAGAGGCUUCGAAAGAGCUGAAAGACUUAACUUCUCUUCACCGUAGAGGCCAGUUAAUGCUAGUAUCUCUAGAUACAAUGUGUAACAAGACCCGCGGAUCUCUCGCAAGGUAUACCGGGUCCUACUGUAUAAACUCCGUCAUCCUCGUGGAUAUAUUAGGAGGGAUCGUUCGCGAGCUUCAGCUAUCGCUUGCUAUGUAGCAGUGCGGUCAAACAGGCCAACCCACUCUCUAGGCUUUGAUUACAGCUACUGGAUUCAGUUGCAAUCUUUAGCUCCGCCCACCUGGCACUUUUCGUACUCGAUCAUGUUGCAAAUACCCUUUUUUUCCUCGUUGGCAAAGCUGUCGAGCCUCCGCAUCUGCGCCGAGGUAGGCUGGGCGAUGUGUAUAUAAUGCUCAGUGUCGCGAUCCUGACAAUCUAUACCGUCGUUCACGGGGAGACCUGAGAUUAGGAGUCGGGUUUCCUAUUCAUUCGAUAUUGAACUCAAAUAAGAGGGUACAGGUGCUUGGGUGUCGUGUGUAUUGUGUGACAAGUCGAAUGACAGAGAAGUUUCCAUUGGUGGGGACGAUGGCGAUUGGUAUGAAAAGAUUCAGUUGUGUCUCCUCGGAUAAUGCUGUUCAGCACGCAAUCAAUUGACGAGGACCGGCUGUGUCGUGCUCUAUACUGAGAAGGAGAUGAGGUUGAAGCGGGGCUGAUCGGCCCGCCCAAUGGUGGGCUCGGCCCGCAGACCCACGUGGAGCCGUGGUGUCACAUGCGUUAGCGCCCCGGGCUUUUUCCCCGCCGCGUUCGUCUUCCUCGCCAGAUGCUCGUCACUCAUUUCGACGUUGCUUCAUGCUUCACAAGGGCAAGAGCCUUGGGGGAAAUUCAUCUUAUCAUCGCCGUUUGCUCCAUUCCACGGGCGCUCGCUCUUCCUCCCUGGCCAUGUCCGCCUCUCUGGAUCCUGAAGUGACGGAAUGCUGGGAUGCGGCUUCAAACGCGGACGGAUGAGAGAUUGGGGUUCGACUGACAAACGGAGUCCGCACCACAACUAUGCCUGCUGUGUUGUUUACAUGGUAGCAUCCCAUCUUCCAGAUCAAACUCCUCUUCCUGUUCCCUAUCAACCAAGACCCACGCAAUGGCACCGAAAACCAGAGCAAGAGCCAUGACAAGCGCGGCGGACAAGCUAGCCAGCGUCAAGGAUGGAGGAGUGAGCAAGCCUGCUCAGCAUUCCAAGGCUCUGAAGAAGCGCCUCAAGCCUCGUGAGUACAGUACCCAAAACAUUUCCCACGCCAAAGACAGGACUGAAACUUCCUUUCGUGACAGUCCCAACCGAGCCUCUCCAGCGAUUCAAUGCGGUACACCAGCGCCUCGGCCUCCACGCUGCGAUCGAAGUGGAGGAAGAGAAGAAGUACCGGGUCAAGAUUACGGUCAACGGACACAGCGCUAUCGGCGAUCUGCGGGACACCAAGAAAGAAGCAAAGACCAGCGCUGUGGAGGACAUCUUGCCGUUUUUGGAGGCGGUGCUCGAGGAGAACAUUCGGGAGAUGAUGCAAGGCAAGGAGGAGGCUUGCUCUCCAUCCGGCGCAGGAGGUGCCACGGCUCAGCCGGAGGGAAAUCCGGAGCAGCAGGGUGGCCAGGAGCAGAAGGUUGGACAAGAUCUGAUUGGAGGCAAGAAGGAGCAGACUCGUGUCGAAGGAGCAGAGAAGAAGCCAACGAUGGCGGCACCGGAGGAAGAUGAGCUGGACUGGGGCUACGAGGGCGACGAUGAUGGGGACCUGCUGGAUUUGUAAUGAUAGAUGUGGAGCGAUCCAAUGCUGGAGUCUCUUGGGGUUUACGUGGAUUGUAAUGCAAGAGUUGAUGCUGCCUCCUGGAAAUCCAGUCCAUGGGCGGCACCCAUCGCAAGCUCCGAUAUCUACUUCGAUCCCAUAUCUACUCUGAUAAUUCUGAAUAAUUUGGCAUCCUGAAGUCCGAGACACCGUCUGCAGACCCGUCCGUGAUUACCCUCCUCUGCAGAACCUGAACGUCGGUGAUGGAGAUGUCGACUCAUGCCAGCUUUGUCCAGCAAGGGUCAGCCCGCGACGGAGGAAGCCAUUCGCCUGGGCCGCCGACGGGACAGUGUUGCCUGCGUCGACUUGAAGAUGGUCUGUUCGCAGCAGAGUGAGGUGGUGGGGGCGGCCUGCUGAAGUUGAUGCUUUGCCAGUGCUGCCAUCGAAUAGGUCUUUUCGCCCGUGGACAGUCAUUCAGGUGGCCGAGCUAGCGGAAAUCGAUCACAUACGAUAUGUCCAGGUCUGACCAAAUCACGCCCGCGCCUGCUGGCCGUCCAUAGGUCGGGCUCCGCGUGUAGGCCGACAGCGGGCUAAACUCAUCCAUGACUAACUUCUUGCUGCACACCUGCGCUGGCUGUCGCCUGCUCUUCCUCUUUACCGUAGGCCGGCAGAGCUGAGAUAUUUGAUUCCGGACAUGAUCCCGUCGUGGUCUUGGCCGGAGAAGCAGAGGGUGUUGCAGGUACUUCUUUCUUGCCUACUGUUCCAGCCGUCUCGUCUCCAUUCCCAUGUUGCUGCUCUUCCAGAUCUGUUCCUCGGCUCUUCGCCCACUGCUCCUUCUUGCGUUUGUAUCGCUGACAAUGCUGGUCGAGUGUGAGAAUCAGGGCGGCAAGGUCGAACUUGUUGUGAAUAAUGUAUGGACGGGAGCCAAUGCGGCGGCCGCGGUGGUACAGGAAUGCGCCGCGGGAGGUGAUGUGGAUAGAUACGUGACGAAGAGCGCGGUAGCCCAGUAGAUUCUGCAACAAGAUUAGCACCGUACGCAGUAAAGCGCGCCUCGCGAGCCUCGAGGGAACGCAUACCGAAAAUCCGGGUAUACAUGAGCCUUGAGGAUUAUGAGGAUAGAAGCCGCACGCCAGGAGCAGUUUCCACACACAGGCCAUACGCGCUUUCUGCGAACCGCUGGAUUCGGAGAGGUGCUCGCGCACCGAGACGAGCAAGAUGUGCCAUUCGUCGUUGAGCAGGGCGUGUACGAAGCGUCGGCGGAGGGCUCGGGCGGUCAUUGACUGGUCCAUUGGAGGAAUUGUCUGGGUUGGGAGAGUCCGCAUUGGAGAUUGACGCACGCCAGCGCCUGUCGAAAUGGACGCCAUCUCGCGUCGCGUGCAGAUGCAGAAGUGUUAAAGCUUUGUGUGAGAUGAGAUGAUGUGGUUGCUCCGGGUUUGUUAUGUCGGCGAGCGUUGCCAUGGCGCGCGGCCCGCCCCGCCCCCACAGCGCCCCGCCGAUCCCCGGGAAACGCGGCCCCGCAUCUUCUCAACUCCAUCAACAUCAUCUUUCACUCUUAUCGACUUCACUCUUCUUCAUACUCAUCGACUGCAUUGCGGCAACGGGGUAAUUGUACACCUCAACAACCUCAGUGUAUGUCGCAACCCUUCCGGCGUCCAUCGUCCGCCCAGCACGAUCCGUCGCCCUUUGUAUCCAACAAGCCCUCCCGCUUGGGGCCCUCGACCAGCGAGUGGAAGACGACGCAUCUGGAAUGGCUGCACACACGGCUCAUUACCGAAUGUCCCAUUGUUGCUGCAGAUGCCUCGCUCGAUGAGGGUACCUGCAGUCAGGACGAUGACGAUCCUCCGCCGGUCUUCACCUCCGCCCACGCACGGUUUCUUCCGCAGCCCGGAAGCCGGCUCCAUCGGGAAAUUCGAAAUGCUUUUGGCGAGCCUUGGGAGAGUCUGAACGCUCGCGCUUCUUCCGAUGAAGGCCUAGGGGAGCACUAUAGACAACUUGUUGCUCUUUCUCUUCCCGCACCAUCCACACCCGCUGCCGCUUUGGCUUCUUCCUCUACUCGGCCUACAGCUAGUCCAGGCAUGCUGUAUCCCUCCUCUCCUCCGAGGACGCCCUCCAAGCCAGCUACUUCUGCCGUUACAUCCUCCCCUCCAUCCUCGGCUCUACGUCCUGGGUAUUUUCAAGAUUCAACUGGCACGCAAUCCGCUGGGGCAACGCCUUUCGCCACCAGCAUCUCCUUCUCUAACCUCCAGCAAUCUACCCCCGUCGCUGCCGCUCGUCUCUUGAACUCUUUUCAGACUCCCAGUGCUCCCCUGUUGCUACCGCCAGAAACUCCGAAUACUACUAGCACCCAGUCAGAUGCAGUACCAUUCACCGCAUCAUUUGAUUUUGCUUCCAGCUUAGGCUCAGCCGACUCUCCCUACGUCGACGAUCCGAGCAGCUUCCUCGAGAGCCCGGCUGUAAAAGGCGACUGGGCUGAAGCUCUUGUCCAGAUGGCUGUGAGCCUCUGUUUUACCAAGCUACACAGCGUUAUGACUACAGCCGCAGCUCCAGUCUUGCGGUUUGACCCGCAAGCAUACCAGAAUGAGCGUCCGCUCCGCGUCUUUGUCGAUAACGGGCAGUGCACCGCCCGGAUGGAUUGGUUGCAAAUCUUUACAGAGAACAGAGACGCAUCCACACAGCUCAAGUAUGCAGUUCUCGGUGGUGAGGUAGCUCAGACAUGUCACCUCUCGCGUAUCGCUCCGUUGACCACUGCCUUGCCAGGUUAAGCGCCUCCACCACGGUGAGCAUCCUGAUUGGAUUCUUGGUCAAGAGGUAGGAGAUCUGCUCUGCUUGGCCGAGAUGACACGCUCGUCGACCAAGUCACGUUCCACCUCGCCUUCCAAAAGUAAUACCGAUAAGCUUCUCGUGAGUCCAUCCAUGGAGCAUGUUCACUAUCCGAAACUCCUCUCCUGAUAGAGUCUGCAGCAACCAUUCAUGUUCUCCUGGCAUAACCUGCAUGCGUACAUCACUCGGCUUGAUGUCCUCUCUUCUCGGCUGCAAAGCAUCGCCAAUGGUCAAAGUGGCGAGAACUCGCUGCCCCUAGGAGUCUUUCGCUCACGGACCUUCGAUAUGACCGAUGCUGAUGACCGAGUGCACUUCUUCGUCUCCGUCAUCGCUACUGUGCUGUUGCGGCUGGACAGGUAUUCCAGGUACCGAGAGGCUGUGGAGUGGCUGCUGGAACCGGCGCCCCAAUGAAAUUUCGUAAGAGAAUUGGCCUCACUGGACAUGUGCGCUCUCGAGGUUGGCGAAGGCGGCGACGCGAUACACUUCCAGUAUCGGUUGAGGGCCUUACCUAUUGAAUCACAUGAGUUCAUGAGGGGAGUCGGUCUUGCUUACGUCUGUCUGGCCGGCCCGGAAAAUCUUCCUUCGAGGACUUGCCUUCAGGUCCAGUUCUGCUCUCCAACAGUUCGCACGCUGCGUGAAAACUCCGCAUGCACGAUCUCAACAAUUGAACACCACAGGCGAAAGAGCAGUCCGCCUCAAUUCACAUUGCAUGAUAUUUCGGUGUUGCCCAUUCUCGGACGCCUUAGCCCAGACGAUUUUCUCACGCCUGCAGACAGUCAUCAGCGACAAGGCACCGCGUUCUGGUCUUUGGAAACCGCCGAGAUUGUACUUCAUGUAAACGCAAAACAGGAGGACCGGCGGCUUAGCAUGAGCAGGCGAUCCUGGUGCGCAUCUGGUCGGAAGUGACUCUAGCAUCAAUCUCAACCCCACCACCCUUGGCGAGACGUGCACUAGCUUUUGGAACGAAUCCUCUCCAGCACUGUGCUGUAACAAACUCAUAGCCUCACAUUGGAGAUUCAAACUGCCAGGUCUGCGGCUACGUAUGAGCAGCGUUUCGUGUACCGAUCGGGUCGGAAACCACAUCGGCAUUGAUCGACAGAGCGUUGGCGAGGUAAUCAGACGGGCCCUCUCGAGCGUUCUCCUAGAAUAGAGCCAAGACCUACACCUAGAAUGAUGAACGGAGCGCCAUGCCAGAGUCCAAAAUCUUCAAGCAGCCGGUGGGCAGCUCAACACUAGAUGUUGCCGGUUCUGCUACCGGUGAUCCUUCACAUUCUUGAACGACUUCUCCGAUAGAUGACCUGCUGCAACUUCUAGUUCUUGAAAUGUAAAAUCUCAAGGCGAAACAGCCGACUCCGCGGACUGCGAUGGGCACUCAAAUGAGCAGAUAAGUAGGUACAUCCUAGGCGGAGAUCAACCAAUCGAGAGGCUAACGUCGACGACGACGAGGACUUAGAGAAGAGCUCCGACUCUUGCAGGCGUGAAUAGACAGACCGCCGGGAGCAUUCCGAAUAGGACUGAGGAGGGUUUUUCUCUAGCAAAGGAAAUCGUGACCGACCAGUAGCUGGAAAGGCUGGAGGCAGCGGCAGCGGGUUUGAGCUUAAAGCGAGAAAAUGGAAGAGGAGGAGUGGAGAUACGAAGAAGUAAGAUGGGGAGGAUUGGAGAGAUCUUAUCUUUCGUGGCUCGCUUGUCACACACAGAGAGAGAGAGAGAGAGAGAGAGAGAGAGAGAGAGAGUUACUACGACCGGUAAACGAUGAGCAGCGCUCUGUGAUCAUGUGAUAAGAAUGUGGAAUGCCUACAUCCUACGUGCUAGAAGUUGCUUUCGAAUCCUACGUACUCGCUCGUCCUUAUAGUAGUACUCGGCUCUAAAGAUUCGAAAUAAUGUAGCUAUGAUUUCCGUGGACGUCUAUAUCUUUUGCUACGUGGUAGCGCCGCUAAAUCGGUCUCUAUGCCUUGGGAAAAGGGGAAGAUAUCUCCGGAGAUGGAAUCUAAUAAACGGUAAAGCCACGCUAUAUAGUAGGAAGGAGGGGGUGGAGUGUACUACAGCAUACGAGGUAUAGCCGAAAGACCUAACAAAAUUGUCCGGUUCAGCUACGAACUAUACUUGUGUAGUAUUGGGAUACUAUUAGCGAACAAAGGGUUACCGAAGCACCCGAGAGCGAGGCAAUUCGAGGCACGAUAGUUUGGAUAUCUCCUCUCUAAUUUGAGGUGUACGAUGAAGUAUUGCACAUGGCGUAAUGUCCCCGAAGGUGUAAGUCGUGGUCUGUCUAACGGAACACGUACGUAUCUCCAAGUGCUACCUACGCGAAUGCUGGAGUAAUAUAGGCGAAGAACGAGAAUAGCUCUAGGAGGAAGUGGCGGCUCCUUUUUUCUAGCCCUUGCUCGGCCGCUUUCGCAUUCGUGAGGCCGGUGAUGCCUGGGCUCGCAGAGACGUGUGGAGUCGCUCAGAGGCAGACUUCCAGUCGCUAGGUAGACGAGUGAAUAAGACGAUAGUAUUACCACGCCUAGUAGUAGUCGUCUUCGGAGUCCUCGUCCUCAAUCUAGCGAGCACCGGUCUCGUGAAAUUAUAAGUACUGUCUGUGAAGGCGCUCUAAGCCGGCCGCACUCAUAUAUCCAUGGAAUUUCGCGUUCUACCGGGUCGAGGGUAGGCAGACAUAUGCCCAAGUUAGUGCAGUUCUGGUACAGGUGCCAAAUGAAGUACUCGCUACCAGGUGCCAAGUGAAGUACUCGCUACCAGGUGGCUGGAAGCUAGUAAGCUGCUGCUGCUGCUUCAUACCUGGUACAGAUGCCAUUCAUUGUGCGAUGAAGAUCCGGUAUUAUGAAUACCGAAGAGGAAUGGACCAACUCGCGCUGUCCGGAGUAUCUGUCGAUUCCCGUCGGGGGUGAUGCUAAGGACAAGGCUGCAACCGAAGGAAUAAGCGUUCUCGAUGCCAAGGUUCACGAGCGGAGGGACUCGCAGCGCGCCCCCGGGGGAACGCUGGCGGGCGGUGCGGCGUAUAUCGCGGCGAGAGACAUUGUCCCAGUUGGCUCUCUUCUGAUACGAUUCCGGCAAUUUCCCCCUGGCCAUCGGCGACGGCUGUUUCGGCACCUUCCUGCCCUUUGACCUCUUGCUGCUAGCCCGUCCAAUCGACUCCUCCCCCGCGCCCAAGCCUCCCGGAGAGGAUUAUUAUGAGCCGAUGAUUUGAUCCGUCCGUGAAGGAGGUGCUGGCCGCCAUGACGAGCGUCCUGCAGCAAGUUGCCCGUAUCACGCUGCUGUCCGUCUGCGGAUACACGAUCAAUGAAUGUCUCCGAUCGAGCAUCGAGGUUGGGUACAACGAGAGGAUUAGGUGCAUUUCCUGUGGGCUGCCGAGGGACUAAGACGCGGACGCUGUUUCCAGUCCUUAUUAAGAGAAUCCUUCUUUUCCCGAGAUUCGACUUCUGUGGGUUGAAGAAGGCUUUGUUGCCAUGCGCAGUCCCGCACCGGCGGCUCUGAGUCUGUGCUCUGAAUCUUUGCUCUGAAUCUUCGCUCUGAAUCUUUGCUCUGAGUCUUCGCUUAUCUUUCCUCGUGCCCUGCUUGAUCUCCUGUUCCGUAGCGAUGAGAAAGACUCAGCUGAUUGUGAUGAAUGGAGUCCCAUUUCUUCCGUUGCUUCUCGACGAAGCCCGAGAGGUCUUGCACUCGGCGUCGGGCGGGCUUUGGGCGCGGCUCACACGAUUUCAGCCGGAGUCUGGACCACAUGAGCUGGGUUCAUCGGUACAGUGCUCCAUUGCGCCCUUUACCACUCUGUAGCAGCGAUCCCAUCCAUCGCCGUGGAAGGAUUUGUACGGGCGGAUUGGCCUUUGCACGGAGGCGGUCUGCGGCUACGAUCUGGCGUCUACCGAAAGGCCUCCCUGCCGUCGAUCCCAGAAAGGCGCGAAUUGAUUCGUAUUCUGUCGUUCAGUGGCUACUGAGCCAGUAGCAUGGAGUUGGUAGAAAUACACCCCGGGUAACGAGAUUUUGGUUAAGUAGUGCUUGCGCAAUGCCGAUCCAUUCGGGUCCUCUGGUAACCGGCGAUAAGCGGAGAGUUCUCCUGGGAAACACAACGGAGUUCAUUGCCGAUCCUCUCUCCGCAACCGACUUCCUCUCCCUACCGUCUUCGCAUAGCUAAACAGGAUUAAAGUGUUAAUACGGAAGCUCUUCGACCUUGUCCAUAAUCUGGGGCUUGCCGUCGGCGAGGACAUGCAGCUUGUCGGAGGUAGUUGAAUCUUGCUAAAUCACUCUAUUGCAGCUGAUCGUGGCGAUGGUGGACGCCAUACGCUAAGGCGUUGCCUAUGAGCGUUGCAGGCCGGUUUCCGCUUGUGGCGUACGACUUGAAUUGGCUGGCUCGUAUGCGGAGGCAUCGGUACCUGCGUGGUCACAGGACGUAUCUCCCAUCGGCUGUAGUCAUAUGUGUAACAAGGGUAAUAUUUUCGCCGGUGAAGGUACUGCUGCGAUAUGGCAUUCCAAGCGCAUUGUCGGGGGUUAAUAGGUUGCUGCAUCUGUGUCGUAGGUGCAGACUGGGAAGCGGUGGACAAGCGCUAUCAUUAUCGCUCUGGCUAUGAAGCAGCACCUUGGAGCUCUCGCCUACCGUUCAGCCCAGCACAUGGACGGAGUAGCCAGAUUGCUAGAGCGGAUGGUUUGCAACAACGCCAUGUUCGUGGGAAUUGCACCAAGGUACAACCUUUCUCCGAAUUGUGGGAUAAUCAUUUGCGCCGGAGUGCCUUCACUCCGAAUAGCCCGCCAGAAUACUUUCUUUGCUCCAUCCAGGCAAGUUCGGCGUUCUGACUGCAUGAAGGAAAAUGCCAAGGUAUCGUAUCGUUCAUCUGUGUAGCGAAUUGACACUUAUCAGAUCAGGCGAUUGCGGUGACGCAGCCAGUGCUUCUUGCCGCUGCCACCGAUCAAAGAAGCAGUCCGCGGCCAGGUGUUGUUAUGCGCAGAGUGUCGCAGCAGUGGAGGCGAUACAUGUCGCACAAGUGAGAAGUCCACUCGUGCGAUUAUGUGGAUGGCAAGUGCGGUUUAACCGAUCAUCGGCCGACAUUUGGAGGCCGCCGAGAAGAGAGCGCAGAGCGUAUUGAGCGUAGAAAGAUUUUGGACUCGUGAUUUCGUGCAUCUGUAGAUGUCGCCCCGUGGUAGGCCAGGCGCGGCGCUCCGCAGCGGUUGUGCCCGCUUCAAUCAAAUUUCCAUUGGGGACCGGCGUUAAAUUUUGGUCGCGGAAUCGAAAACCAGUGGGGCCUUAGGCAAGAUGUUCGAUUGCGAAGUCCUGACUUGGGACGUUGUUCGGGACUCGAGGACUCAUGGUCCUCUUGCAUAUUAAUAUCUGUGAAGGAGAGUAUUCUGCAUGUCUAUACUGUCGGUGAGUCCUGAGCGAUAUGUCGAUGCUUGGAAGGGACCCGACUGGUGGUCCACAAUCAUGUGAUGCCAGUCAUGUGAGGCCAGUCAUGUGAUGCAGAAUCAUGUGAUGACGCACAAUCUUGUCGUGAGAUGUCCACCGCCAAGCCGCGACUCGAGUGUCUUAUAGAAAGCAGGGACUAAUCACGUGAUGGCGCGACGGUGCCGCACUUCCGCAAUCCCGCUCGCGUCAACCGCGACGCGUCAUUAUCAACAUCAACAUCAACAUCAACAUCAACAUCAACAUCAACAUCAACAGCUCUAGCGCGCACCACCUCCUUUCCUCCCACCAUCGACCAAAGUCCUCCCUCGGCCUUAAGCGCCGGCCAUACCUUCACGACCUGAAGACGAUGAUUGGCGCCACCAUCGGCGCCCUUGACCAGAUCCUGAUGCACUUGGUGCUCUACGACGAGUCCCAACCAGACGAGGCGACCUAAAGAUUGUCCGCACCAUUUAAACAGAUCGCGUCAUCUGCUCGUCGCUACCGAUUCCUCCAAGGAACGGCUUCGCAGGAAAUCUCGGCAAAAACACCCUCUGCGAGCGGAUUCCCGGGAAAGACUGAGCGUGGCAGAAAUGGCAAGAAGAGUGCCGGGCGGAAUAAACGCACACAACCGGCGGCAAUGACAUGCGCGGUGGAGCGGCGGGCAUCGCUCAAACCCCUCGUAAGAAUGGAAGCGUAGAUACAGACCCGCAAUCAAAGCUCUCGGGGCGAAUUCGAGCACUACCUACCAGAAAUCGACCCAUCUUCUUAUGGCUCAGGUGCCCUUUUCACGAUUG